GAGGCCCGCCAGGGGGCGCUGGUUGCCGGCAGCUGAGGCGGCCUCGGAGCGGGCGAGGGAGCCCAGCCAGCCAGGAGAGGAGGCAGUCCUCGCCGUCGGGAACAGGCGGGCAAGCGGGAGGCCGGGCAGGCGCAGCGCUGGCCUUCCUUGAGCUCGGGAAGAGGCCUGCCCGGGAGCCGAGCGAGGGGAGCCUCUCCGACAUGCAGGCCCGGCGGCGCUCGCUGCUGCCGCCGCCUCCCGAGGUGAGUAAGCUGCUGGCCGCCUCCCGAUUUAGCCGGUCUCCGCCGGGCCGCUAAGGCCGGGCAUCCUCUCCCAGGCCCCUGUGGGGCGGCGUGAGAAGGGAGCCUCUCUUGGUAGGGGGCCGCCCCACGGCUCCUGAGGAGAGGAAGCUGGGGGAACCUUCCGCCAGAGAGGGUGGCCCAAAAGGGGCGAGAGGCGACAUAACUGGGGGUCGGAGCGCGUUCGUCCACAGCACACCUUGGGUCAGUUCCGCCGCCCCCCAACCUUAGGGGCGCGAGUUUCCCUCCUUCCUACUAGGGAUCAUGAAAGCCUCGGGACCUUGAGAAUAGAGGCAGGCGAGGAGCUUCUCGUCCCGGCUUAUCCCUCGCCUUGUUUGUCUGGCUUGUCCUGAUGGAGCGGAAGAGAGCCCUGCUCCCUUCAUGGCAACCGGGAAGCCUUCCGCGAGGAGUUCCUGGCUUCUCGUUUAUAGCGCUUCCCACCCUUCUUAAUAUCUCAGGGGGCGAGCGAGAAGACGUGGCAGCCCCCCGCGCCGCCGCCCCAAACAAACAAGCGAGCAAGCCUUCUCAUACCGCUUCUGUUAAUUAGUAGAUUCCCCUCCCCCAUACAUCCAGCCCCCCCCCCCCCCGUAGAGCAUAUGCAUCGCCUUUUCACAGUCUUUGCUUGUUUUUGCAGUUGUGCAUUCUUGCAUCCCCUUUCUUUCCUGUCCUGCUGCUUUACAGGCAGCUCCCAUUUGUUCGCAGCCCAAGUUUCUCAUACUGGAUCUGACGGGAAUAUUGCUGUCAAGGUGUCCUAUUUUGUGCCCGAAGUACCUUCCCUUGCUCUGGCGUCGUUUGUUGCAGUCUGUUCACUAUUUAAAUAAUUUGAAACGUGCCAUAACUGCCGAAAUAGAGCGCUUACCAGGAGGCAAGGUUACUUUUAAUUGUGUGUGUUCUUGCGCUCACUUGAGUGAUACUCACCUUGGUGAUAAAAUUCAGGUAUUUUUUAGUUCUGUGGAUGUGGGUAAGUAGGUCCAGAUGACUGGUUGCAAUGGAGGGACUGAAUAUCUUGUAACAUGAAUAACUGAUGGGAAUUACCUUGAUAAGUUUGAAUGUUUAGGUAUUUUGCAUAUAUGUAAACAAAUAGUAUUUGCAUGUACCGAAAUAGAAGUAUAUAUGACAACAGAAUAUAUUUAUUAAUAUAUUUAAACAAGGUGAAGUUCCACAUGUAAAAUGUCCACAAAACUUGAAUGGUCUUGGGGUGUUAGUGCAGAUUUUCAUAUCUGAACCUGCUGCUAUUUAUUUGUGACUUAAGAUGGAUGCAAAAUUUCAAAGAGCCUGGUAGAGUGAGUAAGGGAAACAUGGAGGUCACACUAAAGGUUAUAAGGACAGCAGGUUGAUUAUUUUUAGCACAUAGACAUCUAGAAGGAUAAUAUAUUUAUUAUGUAAAAUAUCAAAAUCUGAAUAUAGGUGCAUGAAAGUGGAGUGCUUAUUUGGAUUGUACUGAAAACUGUUAGGUUGUCUGAGCUUGGCCCAACAUAGAUAAAACUGCUUUUAUUGAUCAGCAACACAAAGAUGCACAUAUGUGGUAGUGAAUUAGUGUUUGUUUCUCUGGUGUGGAUUUAAUAUCACAUGCCUUAUAUCAGUAUAAUUUAAUGGCCAGGAUUUACUAAACUAAAAAUGUAUUUACAUUUGAUUAAACUUAGUACAGUAGACAAAAAACUUUAGAUUUUGAUAUCUGGUAAAUGCUGGCACAAUUAAGAGGGCUCUUCAAUGGCCCAGAGGUCCUUUAAAUGUUGCUCAGCUGCACAGAAGCAUUUCAUUAAAAAAGCAGCUCUCACUUGACCAAAAUUUAAAGGGCCCCAUAGAGAUCUGGUUUUUUAAAAGCAACUUUACUUCACUGAUAAUUGCAGCAUGUCUCAUGGCAUCAAAUCUAGGCUUUGGUUUAGUCUCAUGCUUGAAAUCUUACUGAAAUUUAUUUAAAGAUUGUGAAUGUCUAUGCUGUUUCUUUUUAAAAAUGCAAAAUAUUUAAUCCUUCCAUAAUCCAUGAAGCUCUAAAUCUAAGCAAAUAUAAUUUAACAUAUAACUUAGGCAGGCUUUACAUUAUUUUAAUAAAUUAAUUCUUAGUGCAUAAGUAAAGGAUGAACUAUUCAGAGCAGAUGCUUUUCAGCAUGUAUUUUAGCAUUUAUGUUCUCAUUGUUCUUUUACAUUUGAAAAUGAAAGUGUAUAUCUAGACCACUGGGCUCCUUAGAUGAAAAAUGUAAAUGGAUGCAGAAAUAUAUGCUGAAGUCAACAGGCAAAUAAUAUGCCUUACUAGAGCAGGAUUGCUAACAGCUAAGAAUUUUUAUGCCAACAUCUAACUGGAUAAAGUAUAACUAACAAUAUUUAUUUUGGAAUAAUAUUUCAAAACAGGCUUACAGGUAAAUAUUUAGGAUUGGAAUAGCAGAAACAGUGAUAAAGUAUGUAUGUAUCCCUGUAGUUGUGAAUGGUCCUGUGCGAAGGGUUAUGGAAGAACUUUAAUCUACUUAAGCUGCGGUCUUAACACACACCUACAAGGAAAUAAACCUAAUUAAACAUAGUGGGAUUUACUUUUAGGUAAAUAUGCAUAGAAUUGCUUUGUUAGAGCUGGAAGGUUAUAACUUGACCAAUCUGCCUCAUUUUAAUAAGAGCAUAAGAGCCUGCUGGAUGUAGUCUAGCACCCUGUCUCAUAGUGGUCAACCAGCUGCUCUAAUGGAAGCCCAUAAGCCAUGUUAAAAUUAUCAGUUUAUACCACCUUUGUAUAAGCAAAGUUAUGGAUAUUAGGGCGCUAUACUAUACUUUUUUCAUGGUGCUGGUAUUAAGGCAGUUUUUAACCCACCAGCCCAAGCGUGCUUAAGUUAGUAGUUUGUGGUUUAAAAUAAAAAUAAACAGUUUAUUUGUUGUAAAUAUCCCUAUUAAGUCGCUUGAAGGCAAUUUUUACUCACACAGGAGACCAAGCAGCUAUUUACAAGCCCUAUACAAAGGUGUUGAAACAAGUCUCUAGUAAUUUUGACUUCUUUUUGCUAAAUGAAACCUGGGAGUAGAUGCAAAGGUUUUUGGAGCGUGUGGCCACAAGUGAAAUUUUGGAAACUGUUUGAAAUGCUCAGUGAACAGUAGUUGCCUAAACCUUUUAAUUUAUGUAAGAAGAUGUGAAAGAUCGAAGCAAACAGUGUUUCUCUGCCGAUGGAAGGCAUUUUUUAUAGAACUAGAGGGCCGGCAAUUCUUCCUCCCUGCCUGCUCCCCAAAAUUUGCUGAGGUUUUGGGGAACCCCUUGGAGCAAAUUUCUGGGGGUUUGCAGGAGGGAAUUUAUUUCCUUCACCAAUGAAGGAACACCAAUUGAAUUCUAUUCAAAGUAAUACAGUAUUUAAUUUUCUCCAUCAUUGUGUGUUUAGAAGGACUAUAGGUAGCUGUCUUAUACAAGUCAGAUCAUUGGUCCACCAAGCUUAGUAUUGCUGCUAAUGGUGUCUCCAGGUAGGGCUGGAAAAAACUCCUGACUGAAACACUGGAGAGCCAGUUCCUAAAAGCCAAGCUCUAGCAGCUAUGUAGCUUAGGAUGCAGGUUUAGCUGCUACUGAAGUAGAGUCAUAGGGUGUGAUUGAUUAUGAUUACAUGUAUGUUUAUUUUAAUUCACAGUAAGUCUCUCUUCAAGAUGACCAAUCACAAUAAGCAUAUGAGGAAAAUAGUUGAGUCAUAAGUACUGUGACCUAUUUAUUUGUUUAAAGUAUUUAUUUCCUGCCCCUUCAUUGUAAAAGCAGUGCUCAGGAUAUGAAAGAAAUAAAAUAAAAUUGCAUAUUUUUAAACAAGCAAGAUUGGGGAAUAUCACAGCAGGGUUGUGGGGUCAGUACAAUAAAAGUGUGUGGAGUCAGUACAAUAAACACAUCCGUCCAACAGGCCAGACUUGCCCCAGAACACAAGUGUCUUCACUAUGUACUAGACAAUUAUUUGGGUGAAACAAACCUCCUUUGAGUAAGAACUUUCACAGCUUAGAUGUGAUCCCAAGAAGAUUGUCUUCCACAUCUCAACCAGGAACCUCUCUUCCACUGGUAGAACAUAGAGAAGAAUCUCUCCUGGAGAUGUUAAUGAGGAGAACUGCUCUGAUUGGAGGAGGCAGUCCUUUAGAUUAAAUAAUAAAUCUUUAGAUAAAGGUAAUUAACAGUAGCUGGAAUUGUAAAGAAGUUUGCGCAAGUACGCUUUCCCAACGGAAUAUAUAUUGUAUGUUUUUGAUUAAACAAAAAUAGCUUUUAAGAGCAAGACCCUAAUUAUAUACAGACUUUGCAAGUUCCUGUCAAUGGGACUUGCUUACCAGUACUUCAAAGAUUCAGUACUGGUAGGUUAAGCCUAUUUUGAAUAAUGGGAAAAUAAUGGACUUUUGUAGAAAAAAGAAUGCUUUGCUCUCAAACUCCUUAAAGGCAUCUGGCCUCAGAAGGUCCGGCCUUUGUAUUCUGUUUGUAGACAUCUUUUUGGUAAUAGCUGUGGAAAUUGAGCUUCAUUAAAUGACCCAUUUAAUUUUUUUUAAACGAAACCUUCACUGCCUCCAUCUAAUUAACUAAGAAGUUGAGUGGAAGAUUUGUUUUAGUUCAGUCUGUCAGCUCCUAUGGUGAGAUUGUACUGCUACUUUACAAAUUAUUUUUUAAAAAAACAGAUUAGUUUAUGUGCUGUGGAAAACAAAGCAUGUAUCCAGAAAUGUAAUAAAAGGCAAUGUGUGUUUUUGUCUUGGUGCAAAUGUUAAGAAAGCUGGUCCAUAUGUCAGCUUCUUAGUGAGUGUACCUGAGGCAAGUACUCAUGCUGCAAAUUUUGCAUAGUGUGUAUGUGGGGGGAGGAUAAUUCCUGUCUGGUUCACCUCAUACAGUUAGUUAUCUGUCACAUUUGUUUCAGUUGAGAGGAACAGCUGGCCUAGAGGUGCUGUUUUUACUGCAACUGGUACUUAUAAACUAAAAUAGGAGGUCCUAUAUAUUUUUUGUGUUUGCAUACUGUUGUGACUUCUUGGAUAAGCAUUGUUUACUUUUUGUGGUCCAUUACUUUCAAUUGCUUUAGUGCAGAUCUAGGCCAGUACAAAAGAAGAAGGGUUAAAUGCAUGUCUCAAGCACAAUAGCUUUUGUUUUGUCACUGGAGUGGCAGAUGGGAAACCAGAAUCUCUUACAUUCCCGCAUACAUUGACUAUGGGGGAGAGGCAUUUACCAUCAGCUGAUGAUCUUAAAAUUAGACUUCAUUUGAGCCUGUGCUUCUUGAGUGUUCUGUAAUAAAAAGCAUGUUUAUUGUAUCAAUGCACUCUUAAAAUUUUAUACAGAUGAUUACAUUUUGAGCUAAUGUAUGCUGUAGAAUCAUCUUCUAAAUUGACUGAAAUUCAUAUAAAUAUAUGAAGUAAACCUAUGAAUUGGUUGUAUUUUGCUUUAUUGCACAGUAUUCAAAUACAUCAAUGUUAAAUGUCUCUUCUGGUAUACAGCCUUUUUUGUUAGAACAUCUGUAACUGUCAGAAACCUCUGUGUUGAUCCCCCCCAUAAUAUAGCAAACAUAGAAAUCUGUAAUGUUCCCUGUAAAAGGCAGAUCAAAGUGCUGUACAAAUCUCCUAAUAGCUGUGCCUAGCUAUGAAUGACACUUCCUCGUUAUAAACACUUUCAUAUUUUCUGAUUUCACUUUGCUGUGUCAAAAUUUUGCUUUGAACUCAAUCGUAGCUGUGUUCACCUAGCUGGCUGUACGCUGUUUGGUAUACAAUUACUAUGUAGGAUCAGUAGGAUGAAAGCUUGUUUAGAUGUUUAGUUGUCUUAUGUUUGCAGUACUGUUCGCACCAACAUUCUAAAAUUCAUAAGACUGAAGUUAAUUAUUCUGCAUCUCCCAGUCCUUACAUCACUCCCUGUCCUCCUAUUCAUUCUGCUAUUAAAUUGAGAGUGAAUAUGGCAUAAUGAUUCUUUUGUGUUGUUUAUCUCUUCACCUUGUUGUCAUGGUGCCAUGCCCUUUUGCUGGAUAUUCUGCAUCCUUGGUGUACCUUGGCUCAUGGGACUAUUGGGUCAUGAAUACAGUGGUGCCCCGCAAGACGAAUGCCUCGCAAGACGAAAAACUCGCUAGACGAAAGAGUUUUCCGGUUUUUGAGUCAUUCUGCAAGACGAAUUUCCCUAUGGGCUUGCUUCGCAAGACGAAACGUCUUGCGAGUUUUUGGGAGUUUGUUUCCUUUUUCUUAAAGCCGCUAAGCCGUUAAUAGCCACUAAGCCGCUAAUAGCCGUGCUUCGCAAGACGAAAAAACCGUAAGACGAAGAGACUCGUGGAAUGGAUUAAUUUCGUCUUGCGAGGCACCACUGUAAUCUUCAUGAGAAGAAAUGUUUUAUGUAUAUGCCUGCUGCACAUUGAAACGCCAAAAUAAGCCUUUCCCCAGAUAGCCUUUUAGUAAAAUGUCUACUCAACACAAAAUAUGCAUAGUACUCAACUUAUCACCACUUCGGCAUAACACCCAUCACUCAUUUUCACUAUAUAAUUGCACUUUGCUCUACUCAUGCUUAACUGUGAUCUAAUUUCUCUCCACCUCUGCACAUUUGGCCUCCGUAAUUAUUGAUCAUAGAAUUGUAGAGUUGGAAGGGAUCACGAGGAUCAUCUAGUCCAACCCCCUGCAAUGCAGGAAUCUUUUGCCCAACAUGGGGCUCAAACCCAUGACCCUGAGAGUUUCAUGCUCUACUUACUGAGGAAGGGAGAACAAUGUUGAAAGUCUCUGUUGAUGAUGGAACCAGGAAUUGGAAAAAGCAGCACAAAAUAUGUUGACCAGGGACUGCGUCAUAGCAUAGGAAAGGUAGAGAGUAGGGCUGGGUUAUAAAUCAGUAUAUCAUCCCAAACUGUUUUUGAAUUCACAUUGUGAUAACUGUUUUGACCUGGCAAUAUAUCACGAGGGAAAUUUGGACAAAACAAUUGGAAACUGAUGACUUCCCCAUGGAGUGGCUCGGCUGAACCAAGACUUUUCUCUGCAGGAAGGGGAGAAUCGCUACUGCUGGGAUUAAAAUAUGUAGAGCAGGGGUAGUCAACCUUUUUAUACCUACUGCCCACUAAUGCAUCUUUCUUGAUGGUAAAAUUUCCUUGCCGCCCACCAGUGCUCGAUGGAAGGAGGAUUCAGCUUGUGCCGUAGAACCCCCUACCUCCCACCUAGAAUCCUGAAACGCCCACUAGUGGGCGGUAGGAACCAGGUUGACAACCCCUGAAAUAAUAAUAAUAAUAAUAAUAAUAAUAAUAAUAAUAAAAUUUAUUUAUAUCCUGCCCUCCCCAGCCGAAGCCGGGCUCAGAGCGGCUAACAUCAACUGUAUAACAUUAACAUAAAAUCAGACAAUCAAUUAAAAUACAUCCUCAAAUCAGAUCAGGAUCAGAAUAAAAUCCAAUCAGAUGGCAACCAGAUCAGAUGGAAGGGGACUUCCCUCUCCCAAAUCGCACACACACAAGUUUGGAGAGGGGCAGGCCAAACAGCGCACCACCAUCUCCCUGCUUUGCUCGCUUGCUCGCCUCCCUCCCCAGCGCCACAGUCCCUUCUCCUUGCACUGAGGGAGGCGGCAGACGUGCAUCUUUGCCUCAGAGCUGCUCCUCCACUACCACCCCUGCCGCUCCCAUCCCUGCUACCACCUCUUCUCCCAUGCCCUCAGUUCUGUGGUCAGCUUUCCCACAAUGUGGGAAAAACCGUGAAGCUAGUCAAUGCUUCUCAAUUCCUGUUACUCGUCUUCUGCAUGUGCGUGUGUGUGCACGCAUGCAUGUGUUUGUCUGUCUCCCUGUGCUAAGAAUCUGAAUAUAGGGGUGGGAGUUCCCCCUCCAGGGUCUGUCUCUUCUGCUUUCCUUCUCUAUUCCACCCCAUCCAGAAAUUGACACAAGGUUUGGCUGCUUCUUCUUCCCCACCUCUCCCUGUCUGGGUAGCAGUUGCCAGGACAUUACCCCAUUUGCUUCUACAUGGUUCCAUCCUUAUUUCAGGCAUCGUUAUAUAUCCUUAUAUCACAGUAUGUAGCUGGUAUAUCACAAUGUUGAAAACCAGAUAUCGUCCAGCCCUAGGGAAAGAUCAGUGUGUAGGAGUGAAGUGAUUAGGACCCAUUCCCAUUGGCAUAAUUUUGAGGACUAUUGUAGUCAGUGAAUACACACAAUGGUUCUGUGGUGUUGAAAAUGUAUUUUUAUGUAGUGUGAUGGGCACAUACCCACAGCCUUGUGGUACAUCUUCAGGAGAAGAAAAGGCUAAGGAGUAAACCCUACACCUAUCUGGAAUGGAGUCUGUAAGAUGAUUGAAUGAUGUUUUGUAUACCUCCUUCUGGCAACUCCUGCAGCCAAGCUGGUACCAAACAUAUUGCUCUGCUUUCCUUAGCAAGGCUGAGAGGGGGUCUUGUUGUCUGGGCAGCCUAGGACCUGCCCAGACUUUUGCCCCGGAGAAGUCACUUGGGUCUGCCAUUUUUAAAAUUUCUGCAGGCAUCAAAGUAUGCCAGUCAAAUCGAUAGUCCUGUUCUGUAUGAUUAUUUUCCAUUACACAUUUGUAUUUAUUUGGUUUUGGUAUUUAAUUUCUCAUGUCACUCUAUUAAUUUGAGUCAGAGAGGAGGGAAGGUACACUAACCAGAGGGACAGUUACCCGGUGGCUUAGUUGAAUGCUUCUGUGGAAAGAUGUACACCAGGAGUGUCCAAGAGACUGCGAUCUACUCCCACUAUAAAUAAACUGGCAGUGAUCUACCCAUUGGAUUUGACCAGAGCUGUUGAGCUUUUUUGGGGGGGAGAGAUCACAGUAGUUGAGCUUUUUUAAGGGAGAGAGGUCAGAUCGACCGGUAGAUCGCGAUCAACCAGUUGGACAGGCCUGAUGUACACAAUCUAGGAACAAGGAUACAUUGAAGAGCUCAAGUUGCAGCCCUCAUGUUUUGCCAUCUUCUGCGUACUUUGGGCAAAAACUUAUUCCUGGUUAUUUCCUUAAGACUAUUUCCUCCAUACUUUGGUGUUAGUCUCCAGCCAAUCUGGUAAAAAGGUAAUCCUAUCACAGAAAACUUGGUUUAUUAUAAUAAGAAAGUCAUGUUUCCUAAUGAAAGUGAGAACCACUAUAGAUUAGGUGCCCAAAUCUUUUAUUACCUGAGAUGAAUAAGUACAAAUUUCUGUUGUAGGCAUAAGCAAGUGUUACCAAUUAAGCUAGUGAGAAAAUGGCAAGUCUUUUCAAGUUUGUAUCUAGCAACUUAUUGUGAUGCCUUUGUAGUCUUAGGGCUUGUUUACUCUUCUAAAGUUGCUUUUGACUGUGUUUCGGGAAGCACAUUUACACAAGGAUGCAUGGCCUCAUAAAGAGACUAGAUGCAGUUCAGGACACUGAUAAUAAACUAGUUUAAGCCCAUCUUACCUCCUGCCUCUUCAUGAGAUCAGAUGUGUGCUGUCUACACCUUAUUUGGGAAAGGAUAGUUGAUAGUUCAUCUGUGUAACUGCUGUGGAGAUUUGGGAGCAUGUGUUGGAGACAAGGAAUAAUUGGUAUCUUUUUGGUGGGGGUCUUUCUUUGGUGGCCACUUAAAUGUAGUGGAGCGAAGGUUAUGUUAUCAAAUUGUUUUUAAUAGGUUUCAGAGGGGGAAAAUCUUACCCUAACUUGGCUUUCAAGAUGAGGCAGGCUGAAAAUAGCUAAACUACAUACAAUUAAUAGCAGCUUUAGGAAUUCUAAUGUGGUGUUUGUUUCAUUUUUAGGAUCAAGCAGAAUAUACAGAUUCAAUUCAACUAGCUGAUUGGGCAGUGUAUAUCAUGGAUAGACAUUGGUUCAUUCGUUUCUUUAUGCAUGUGUAGGAGAAAAAGGUAAGAGGAUGGCAAAUGACAGUAUACAUCUGGAAUAUUUGAAUUAAGAGAGCGCCUUUAAAUUUGCAUCCUUGGUAUGCUUCUUAUAUUGCAGGCCUAAACAGAUCAGAAAUUUAUUUAUUUAUUGAGCUUCUGGCCUGCUGUUCCUUCUAGGGCAACAAACAACCAAGCAGGAAAACAUAUUUUCACCCCAGAGCCUUCCACAAUAAGAGUUAUGAAUCAGUCUAAUUUCUAGUAAUGUUUCUAGGGUGUUUUGUUUAAAGCAAGGACAAGGAAGCUGUGGCCCUCAAUAUAUUAUUACUUUUAUCAUUGCUGGCCACAAUAGUGUUCUGCAAUAGAAUCAUGCAUUUUUAAAUUUAAAGUUUAGAGUUUCCUGUUUGUAAGAAAAUUACUAUGGGUGGCGACCAUUUUGGGCGUGAUUGCUGAUGCGCUGGUCCUUUUGAACCCAGAAGAAGGUGGAGGGGUGGUGCACUUAUAUGUGCUAUGCCGACAUACACAGGUUAGAAGUGGAUCGCCCACAUGAAAUGGUUGCCAUCUGUACUGUAAAUUUAACAACUUUUAGCUGUGCUUUUGCAGUAAAUGGGUGCUGUGAAUAUUACAUACUUACUAAUUGGAUUGUGAACUGAAGUGUAUUUAAGGCCAAGUUUGCCUGCUUUUUCUUUAGACUUCUGUUUUUUUCCUUGAAACCUAGCUGUGGAAUCAGGCACUGUCACUAAGUUCUUGAUUUAAUGUAUUUUGGUUGCCUUCUCCAGCACAAAUGUUUGCAGGAUAGAUUUGGGAUAAAGUUUUAGAAAGGUGCACAUAACAAGCUAGCUUAUUUGUUUCACUUAUGAGGUUACAUACGAUAUAUUGAAUGACUGGGUUGUCUGGUUCAUUGUCUGCAUGCAAGGCCUCCUAUUUUGCAUACCAGCACAGACUUCUUCAAUGUUUAUUUGGAUGGUGGCAUUAAAAAUUGCAGGCUUUUCUUCUGGUUAAAGAAUUGGUUGAUCCCUUGACUGUGUGGAGGAACAGGUCAGUUGUGUGUACUACACUUUAUCGUUACAGUGUUAAUUUUAAAAUUCUGUGUUCAGAUUUCCUUCCCUAUAUAAUAAACACUGUUGUAAGAUAUUCAAAUCUCUCUUUUAAUUUCUGUAAGGUCCUAGAUCUUGAAUAAGUCAUAUCAGUCACAUUGCAUUUAAGACUUUAGUGUGAAAUAGUAUUACUUCCUUGACUAAUAUGUUGGCUUGUUUUGAGUUGUUGUUCCAGUCCACCAGGAUUAUGUGGUUGGCAAAGCUUAGGCUAAAUGCUGUAUCCUGUCAUGCAUUAAUCUAGGUUAGAUAUUGUAGAUGCUGCAGAUUCAAGAAUACAAAGCACAAUAGACAAAAUAUUAUUGAAUUAACAGGAGUCAUCUUUUAAAAUGUCCAUUAUAUAAUUUAUUGGACUGAAAUGGUCAAGAGCCCAUACUACAGUAAAGCUCACUAGAUAGCUUUGGACAAGUCAGUGAUUUUCAGUAUAGCUUUGUUUCCUGUGGGGUUGUUAAAUGUUCUGUGGAAAAGAAAGGAAUAUAUAUUUGUAUAAAGUGAAGAUUUCUGAACUGUCACAUCUACUCCUCUUUGCAAUUAUUGUUUCACCUCAUCCAUUCAAAACUUUUUUAUGUAGAGAUGGUUUAUAAAGUUACUUGGUCAUUGAGGAGUUACCAAGAUGAUAUAUUUAUUAGGUAACAUCUCCCAAUGCGUCCUUGUAGUUCAAAUCUGUUAUACGGAUGAGAAAUUACUGGUAGCAUUCUUGGGUCAAGCAUAGAUAAUGAGUUGUGUGUAUGGUCGGAAGACUGAUUACCAUAGUUUUCCGUUUAUAAGAUGCCCCCAUGUAUAAGACACCCCUAUUUUUGGGGACUCCAAAUUAAGAAAACACCCCUCAGCAUUACCCAUGUAUCAGACGAGCCCCAAUUUUAAACCUAAUUUUUUGGUUUAAAAACCCCUUGUCUUAUACACGGAAAAAAUAUGAUAAUUUUUCCUGAUUUGAUACUUUAGUCACUACUUAUUGAAAUCCUGCUGAUUUCUGUCUGAGUUAGUAACUGGAUGCAACCCUGAGCCUGAGUGCCCAGGUUUCUGCAGUGGCCAGGAGUGCAUCUGCAUAGCUAAAGCCAGUGUGCUAGCUGUGCCCAUUCCUGGAGAUGUCUGAUCUGCCCACAGUGACACACACCUUAGUUACAUCCCAUUUGAAUUACUGUAACAUGCUUUACAUGGGUCUGCCUUUGAAAAGUGCUAGAAAACUUUUAAAGGGCCCAAGGAGCUCCACUGGCUACUGGUCUGUAUCCGGUCACAAUUCAAAGUGCUGGUUGUGACCUAUAAAACCUUAUACUGCUUAGGCCUAGGCUAUCUGAAGGCCCAGGGUAUUUUCCCAUACAAACCUAUUUGGGCUCUUGAGAUGUUCGAGGUGGCCCUUCUCUCAUUCCUGCCACGCUCACAGGCACCUUUUGUGGGAACGCAGGAGAGGCUGCUCCCAGACUUUGGAACUCCCUUCCUGGUGAACCUAGACUGAACUCUGUCCUUGUGGCCUUCCUCUGGCAGGUGAAGAUUGUUUUAUUCCAGCAGGCCUUUGGGAGCUGAUUGCUUUUAAGGAAAGGGUUUUUAAUAGUGUUGUGCUGUUUUUACCGUCUGUAUUUUAAUAGAUUUAUUUUUUACAUUGUUUUAAUUCCAUUGUUGUUUAAUUACUUUUCAACUAUUAUUGAUUAUAACUUUUUAGCUUUCUGUGUUUUAGCUGUGUUUGUACAAUCUGGACAAAUCUAGUUUUUAUUCUUUUGUUUAUUUAUUCCCCACAUUUUUCCCAGAACCAGGGCUCAAGGCAGCUUACAAAAAAUUAAAACAACGCUAGGCGAUGCAGAAGGUGGGGCCUAGAUUAGGACUGAUGCCAUCACGUGAUGGCACUGGGGCUCACUGAAGAUCCAGUAGCUCCUGAGCCAGCUUAGUGCCCUUCCCCCUCUCCCACUAGAGCACACACACCUGGUCUGGUGGGUAGAAUGGGGGAGCUCUGCUUUGGUAGAAGGAGUAGAUACUAAUGGAGGCUGGCAGCGUUAGGCAGUAAAUUGGUUUCAGUAGUUGAUACAUAUUAAUUUUGUUUCAAAGUUAUUAAUAAUUGCCAUUGUGAAGCUCACUGAAUGUGUUCAUUUAGGAAGUCCUGCAAUGUUUCAUAUUUUACAUAGGAUCUUAGUUUUAGUGGAUACAUAAAAGAAUAGAUUGGUACAUUUUCUAUCAUCAUGCCAGUCAUCCUGCUGUUAUUUAACCAAAUUUAUAUACAGUGGUACCUCGGUUUACAAACUUAAUCCAUUCUGGAAGUCCGUUCUUAAACCGAAACCGUUCUUAAACCAAGGCGCGCUUUCCCUAAUGAGGCCUCACACUGCCGUUGCCCUUCCACCGUUCGGAUUCCAUUCUUAGACAGAGCUCAGGUUUGCAAACCGGGACACUAUUUCUGGUUUUGCAGAGUUUGUAAACUGAAUCGUUCUUAAACCAAACUGUUCUUAAUCCAAGGUACCACUGUACUACUUAACUCAAACAAGAACUCUCUAAGUUGCUUACAAAAGACUUUUAUUUCCAAAAGUUAGCUAAGAGUGUGAUUCCAAGUGAGUUGUAGGUUGGGGUGUGAAGUGACAGAUUGUAUUCUAUUUUUAAUCCUAUGUUGGCUAGCACUGGCAAGGUUGGAGGUGUGAGGACAGACUUGUCGUCUUCUUGGCUCCCAGGGAGCCUUUUCUUUUUUAAAAGAAUCACCCCAUUGGUUCUAAUGGAGAGGGAAAUUAGAUAUACCAGUUCCAGAGUGGCAUGGAUGCAGACCUGAUCCUGUCUCGGCCAGUCAUACUCUGCCCUUUGAGUGCCUUGUUUCAGGGCCUAACACUGAUUACUGCUAGUGAAAAUAGAACUGUUCCUAUGGAUCUUUCCCACAUAACGUCCCCCUUCUCCAAUGGAGACAUCUUCACUGCCAUCAGAGGGGCUCCUCCAUGCAACCCUAACCCCUUCCAUCCAUUAGAUCUGUGAGUUAGGAUUCCCCUUCCCCUUCCCGUCUUUAGAAAGAAAAGGAACAAUAUGAUUUUAUUAGGGUUUUUAAAAAUAUUAAUAAUAAUAAUACUUGCAGCAAAUAACUGAUAAAACCAAAAUAAAUCCUUAAGUCCAUUCUUAGUCUAGAAGGCUUCUAAUUUAUUUGUAUAUCUGGCUGAUAUGGAUGAGGCAUUAGGAAUUAGAGGAUCAAUACAGUUUCAUCAUCACAGUUUUGUAAUACUGGGAAAUGCUUUUGAUUUUAUAGGAAAUAGUCAAACUAGCUUAAAUUUUAAGCUUGGUAAUAAUCUCUAAAUCUUGUGAUGGGACAUUGGAAUAUUGCUAGAAGUUCAUAACUGGCUGUCUGCUUGACAGGUUCAGACAAGGAGCUGGGUGGCAUUUCCUGACAAAUGGAGAACUAUUUCCAGGCAGAGGCUUUUAACCUUGAUAAGGUUUUAGAUGAAUUUGAACAAAAUGAAGGUGAGUAACUUUUGUUAGGGCUGGAGAUGCAAACUAAUAUCUGGAUCUGUGACUCUGGUUGUAUUUCUUUGUAUUUCCUGUUCCAUUGUAACUAACAUCUGUUAUGCAUUUGCUGGGAAUAAAAGUCUGAAAAGGAUACUGAGAAAUCUACAAUUUUUUUCUAGGUAGAAACAGUUAAAAUAAUUGUCUUAAAAAUUUCAGUGAUUACAUGAAUGAUAUCCCUGUAUUAAUUGGGUGUCAAACAUUGGCACAAUUGCAUAGAUAUAUAAUUCACAGGUGAGAAUUGCUUGCAGCUAGAGCUAGUACAGAUAAGAUUAGCUGUCUGUGCAUAAGAAGUAAUCAGCUUCCGUCCGCUGUUUUGCCACCCAGAAUGCACAUACUCCCAGAUCAAUCCCCCAUUUUACACUAAGUUCAGUGUUACAUUUCAUUGUGCUCCUAGUUAUCACAAGUCUUAACUAGCUUUUACAACACUGAUUAAUUGUCUGUUUCCUAUACCUAUGACUCUGCUAACUGAAGGCUAAAAUUUGCACAUAAUACUAACAUAAACUGUGGCUUAGCACAAAUGAGCAAAUGUGUGGGUCCAGGGGAUUGUGACCACUGCCGUUUUUUCCUGCUCCUGCUGCCACUGUGCUACCCAGGACUAAGCCAUAGUUCGGCUUAGCCAUGCAUUUGAACCCAGGCUCAUGGUCUCUCUCUCCUCCAGAUGAACCAGGAGUGGUAAACCAAGAACAAAUAUUGGUUACAGCUUGUUGUUUGUGUUAGCAUUUGGAUUACAUCACAAAAUAAUAAUAGUAAACUCCCUGAGUAAUCACAAAUAACUAGGGGGGAAUUCAGCUUCACGCUGUUACAAAUAUUCCAUCUGUACAAGCGUAUCAGUUUCCCAGAUGGAAUGAUCCCUUGCUCUUGUGUGCUGUUUUGGGGAUUCUCCCAACCCCUUGAGCAAAUUAUAGAUGUUGCAUGUGUGGGAGGGGAAAGCCCUGUUGUGGAAGCCUUCCUCUAAUGGGGUUUGGUAGGUGUAUUCCUCCCUAGGUUCUGUGGCUUGUUGUAGGAAUACAAGAUCUUAUCAACUUACUAACUACAUUACUAAAUGUGUACAUUGAGGAGGGAGAAGAAAAAAUGGCAUUCACACAAUAUUGAAACAUCAAACAUGUUUUGUAAAAUUAAAUUGCCAAGUGGUUUGUUUGUCUGUGAUUGCUGUAUUCCCUGUUACGUGAUUUGUAUGUAGCUAAGUCACUUUCCCCCUUAUACUAUGCUACUUCACUGUUCUGCUGUUGUGAAUGCCUGCUAAAACAUGGAUAGGAUUUAUCAUUGUAUAAUUUGUACAAGUAGGGCAUUCUCUGGCAUGAAAAGUGUAACAAUGGAAACAGGCAAACCCAAAAAGAGCUUGGCUGGAUUAGAUGAAAGGUCUGUCAAGUUCAGCAUCCUGUUUCUCACAUAAACCAAAGAGGUGCCUUUGGGGAGAUUAUAAGUAGGCUAUUUCCACUCCCACUUUUUCUCCCCAAGACCUAGUAAUGUGGUAUACUGCUUCCAGACAUGAAGGCUUCAUAUAGUCAUCAUAACUAAUAGGCAUUGUCAGACUAAUUGAUGGAAGGUCUAAUCCCAUUUUUAAAGCCAUCACAGCUAAUGGUCAUCUUGUGGCACCACAUGCCAUUAAUAAAUAAAUAGCUUUUCUAAGGAAAAACACAACCUUUGGUGUUUAAUGACUCCAACUACAGAAGCAAUCAAAGUGCUAUUUGAGAGUUAAUGUGAUUUGGUUACCUUUUUUGGCCAACAUUUAUUCGCUAGUUGGGCUGAUAGAAAUUGCUUUCUUAGGGCUUGUCCACGCUGUAGUGUUCUUCUGAGAAACGAAAAUAGUUUUAGUCUGUGGGUAUAACUCAUAGACUAAUUGCUUUCCUGAGUGGUUUCCCUUUUUAUGGUGCUAAAUGAUGUAUUUGCAAAAAGCAGAUAUGAUUCCUGGAUUGCUGUUUGAGAAAGCACUGCAGCAGUCUGAAGGGCGGAUGCUGGAGGAAGGACGGUUGGAGAGGCAAAAAGCAGCCCCUUUUGGGGAGUGUGAGGACUAAAUUUUGAGAGGGUUUUUGCUUUUGCUGUUGCUGGCAUUGAGCAUUGUGUGCCAAGAAGAUAUCAUCGUCAGCCACAUGUGGCUGAAUUGGGUGAAUCUGUCUCUUUAUCCAGCCGUUCUUCAGUGGGUGGAGAAGUUGCAGUUCUUCAUUUAUUAUUAUUUUUUAUAUUUACUAAAUUUGCAUACUGCCCUUCAUCCACCGAUCUCAGGGUAGUUCACCUGAAUGCUGUAGUGACAGAUUUUGCUCCCCAGAAAGGGUCUCUGCUUCCUCCCCAGUCACUACUGCAGCUGAAGAGUUCUUAAAACACUCACCACCUUAAACUGGUAUAGCACUGCAAAUUUGUUACCAUAUGAAUACCAAAAUAGUUUUGAUUGGUUUAUGUUUGUGUGCAUGUAUAAAAGGCAGCAGGUGCACUUUGAUGAAGUAUUUAUAUUUUGGCCAUGGUUUAGAUUGCAAACUGGCAGCCAAGCUAGAUGAUAUUAGAAAUGCAUGUUCUCCUUUAAUGUGGCCUGCUUUUAAAAAAUAAAUUGGGGGGGGGGGUGGAGGGUGUAUGAACCCUCCACUGCUAUUUGCCCUGGGGGAGAAGCUGCCAUUGGUGACAGUGGCAACUUUCCUUUCUGGUAAAUAGCAGCAUCUGUAUCGUGUGUAUAAAAAGAACCAUGGUCCGGGGGAAAGGGCCAAACUCCAGUUUUUAAGCAUUGUAGCUCCAGUCCUGAUGAGCUUCUUAAUGUUUGCUAUUCCUCCCUCCCAAAAAAAGACAUGUGAAAUGCAACCAUGCAUUUCUCAUUUUGUCUAGUUUUAGCCAGAACAGUAUAUACAGUUGGCAGCAGUAUACUAACUAAUGGACUUUCUGUGCUUGGGCCCUAUUACCUCUACAGAGAUUUUCAGUAUAGUAUGUGAUUUUUUUUAUUAUAUGUGGAACAAACAUGCAUUUAUUUAAUUUUACAUGAUCUCUGUUUUGAUUUUGGCAACUGGAGAAUGUAUAAAGCAGUUUAUUCCAGUGUUUCCGCAGUGUUCCUAAGCUAUAUAGUUAUGUAAAACACUUAAGAAUUGCUAUACAGUUAACAAUGCCAUCUACAAAGGGAACAGUAACUAGAAAUGCUUUUGCUUCCACAAUAUUUUUCAGUAUAAGAAGCGAUUUGCAAUUAUUUUAAUCUCAUUUAUGCUUACGAUUAUUCUGUGAAGUUAGCUAAAGCUGCAAGAUGAUGUCUUGCCCAAGGUCACCCAAUUAGCUUUAAGAUUAAACAGGAAUUUCAAUGUGCUUUUGAGUCUCCAAAAUUGACAUUCAGUUCAGUUUGCUGUGCUAUAUUGUCCCCAGCUUCUUUGAAUAACUUAUAUGAUGUCAAUUCUUGUUUGGGUUUUACAUGUUUGUCUUAAUGCUGUUGUUUUCUACUUCCUCUGGUUUGCAGCUAAAUAUAUCAAUCAAGAUGUUAAGAUUACGUAUUCCCAUAAAAUGUGUAUUAUAAAGAAAUAUUUCUGUUCCAGGCCUUAGAGACUAAUCAAAACCAGAAAUCUAACUUGGGAGCCAAACUGAUAAUCUAGAGAAAUGUAUGACUGCAUUUUCAUCUUUUUGAAUUUGAUUUAAAAAAUAGCAGUUGUGGGAGUACCUAAUCUGCAUUGGGUCUCCAGCACAGGGUAAGGAAUAUUUUAAUACUUGUCUCUGUGCUUUUUUCCUCACAAAAUUUCUCCCUUAAGCUACUAUUCACUCUGGAAUGAAAAACAUAUGACACCCAUUUGUGUGUUCUUCUAGGGCAAAUAGCAACUUAUGGGUGGUUUUCAUUGGGAAACUUCAAGAGGUAAAGUGUUAAACCAACCCACACUGUGGUUCUGAUUUAGACUGAGACCUUUGUGACUGUAGAACUGCAUACAUUUCAAAAGAUGGAAAUACAGUAAUUUUCAUGCAAACUGGGAUCUUGUUUGAUCCUGGGUUUAAGCUAGUUUAACUAUAAUUGCUUCUUGCAAAAUAAGAUAAUAAUUAUUGUUACGCAAUACACUUGUAAUGUAGUACCCACACGGGGUGAAGGAUUGCUGCACUUCAGGGGGUUGGACUAGAUGGCUCUCGUGGUUCCUUCCAACUCUGUAAUUCUGUGGUCUACAGUUCUUGGAAUAGUAGCGUAUUGACCCGAAUAUAAGCCGCACCCGAAUAAAAGCCGCAUCUUUAAAAUUCAUGGGGGGGGGGAGGAGGAAAAAAAAGAUAAUACCUGAAUAUAAGCUGCUCCCUUAAAAUUCUGCAGGCAUUCACACCCAUUCCAUUUUACCAUAUGUCUGUUUCAGUAGCAAUAUCAUAAAAGCCAAUUUUUGUAAGGUCGCAAAUUUAAGCCACACUUUAAACUUUUCACGGACAGAAUUUGGAAAAAAAGUGAGGCUUAUAUUCAGGCCAAUACAGUAUUAUGUAUUUUCCUUUGAUAUACAAACAUUUGAACUUCUUGUGCAAAGUACAAGUUGCAUAUGCUGAAUUUAUUGCAUAUUGAUUUAAGUUACUUAUCUUUUCAGAUGAAGCCAUUUCACCUACUUUGUUGGAUGCAAAGUGGAAUAAGAUCCUAGAUCCUCCUUCCCAUCGGCUGUCUUUUAACCCAGCUCUGGCCAACGUGAAUGAAUCCACAAUUCCUAAUGAGUGUCCGCAAAAGUUGAAGUCAUUCUCCCUGUCUCAGUUAGCCACUGCAUCAACAGGAGGAGGAGAUUGCUGUUCUAAUGGAAAGAAUCUUAAUAUAAGACAAGAAAGCCCAAACAUGUGGAUUGAUGAUCAGGCAGCAACAGAUGAUCAUCAGCUAGUUAAGAGAAAUAGCAAUCGAAAUGCCCUGUACAAUUUGAUGGAUGAAGAAGGAAGGAAAAAGAAACCAGAGGAAAAAAACGUUCUUGUAGUAGCAGUCAUGCAUAACUGUGACAAAAAAGGACUGCAAAAUGAUUUGUUAGAUUGUAGAAAUUACAGCAAUUCCCCCAGAAUGGAUACUGUUAGCUUUACACUGGAUAAUGAAACCCAACAAACUGAUCACAUUGAUGUUACUGUAAACGGGUCCAUUGAAAAAGAUUCAGAUACUGAAAAAGAUGCAGUACAAGCAAACAGGCUACCUGCAGAAGAAGAUUUUUUCAACCAUUGUAGUGUUGCUGCUUCUGCCUGCUUAUCCAGUGGAUAUUCUUCUCGGUUAAAGGAGAAUGAUAAUUCAAAUAAAGACCUUCAUUUCUCAGAAACUGCAGCAGCAGGGAUGAAUGUAAUUACAUUGCAGAGGCCACUUGGCCCUAGUGUUAAAAUACAGCAAAGCUGUGCAUCAGGUGAGGGUUUUGAUACUGAUGCUGUUGCUCAGCUGGAAACUAGAAACUGUUUACCUAGUUCACGUAAUGGUGGUUUCUCCACAGAGGUUUCUGUUGCAGAACCAGCAGCCCAGCCAUUUCAGUCAGGGAUAUGUGAGGUCUCUGCAACUUGUCAGCCAAAUACGCUUGAAAGUGGUAAUCACGGUGAAAGUUCUGACAGACAUUUGGCCUCUAUGGAUGUUGGUGCUGCUGACAGUGAAGCUGACAAAUAUGAAAAAAUACUCAGCUCAACUGAAUUGCUCAGCACGACAGUUUGUUUAUCAGAAUCUCAGGAGAUGGCAAAUGGGGAACUGACUAAAGAAAAUCAGAUCAGUAAUGAGCAAACACCUGGGGAGGAUGAAACACUGUUGCAUACAGCAAAGCGGGAGGAAGCAUGUAGUAGUAAUGGAGAUAGCAGCGAUGGCAUGACAGUAGCAAGUCAGGACUUAAAGGGAGCAUAUAUGGAUGAGUUUGAAGAUUCCAGCCCCACUGAUGUCAUGAGUACAUCGGCAUCAAGUGCUCUGCUCAAUUGUUGUGAUUCCUAUGGAAUACAGAACCCAAUUCUUGCUCAUAUUCCAAAGACUUUACCCUCCAAGGAAGACUCAGUGACUGAGGAAAAGGAGAUAGAGGAGAGCAAAUCAGAAUGUUACAAUAAUGUUUAUGAACAAAGAGGAAAUGAGGCCACAGAGAGAAGUGGGCUCAUUUUGAACUGCACUGGUGACCAAAUUAAAAAAAAACAUUUACAUAAUCUCUGCAGUCAGGUACCAUCUGAAACAAGUCAAGCAUCACCAAAACAAGCAGGUAGUCUGCAACCUCUCAGUGUUCCUUUUGGUGGUGCCCGACCCAAACAGCCUACAAAUCUUAAACUACAAAUUCCAAAGCCAUUAUCGGACCAUUUACAAAAUGAUCUGGUUCCCCCAAACUGUGGAGGAAACAGUAAAAACAAAAAUGAUGUAUCUGGAAAAGUAAAAGUAGGUGAAAACAUAGCAAAUGUAUUUUCUGAUGAAACAUCACUGAGUGCAUCAGUCACAGAUAUUGGCGGGGAGCAUUCUGAUGAUUAUAAGUCUGGGGUUUCUAGUAGUUCGUGCCUUGCAGCAGCUUCAGAUAGUCCGGACAACGACCUUGGAGCUGGCCAGUUUGGAGUUCCUACAAGAAAGCCAUUUACUACUUUGGGCGAAGUGGCUCCGGUCUGGGUUCCAGAUUCUCAAGCACCAAACUGCAUGAAAUGUGAGGCCAGAUUUACAUUCACUAAAAGACGACACCAUUGCAGAGCCUGUGGGAAGGUAUGUUUAUAUUUAAUGAAAUAUUUUCACAAAUGAUUGAAGCCACAGAAUUGAGGGGAUAUUUUUAGUAAGCAUUUUGUAGUUUUUAGCAAAUCAAGGUUAGAUAUCUAUUUAUUUUAAUGGCUACUGAAAAUAACAUGAGUGUUAAAGGUAUUAUUAAUUGUUAUUUUUGCGUCAAGCUAGAAAACAAGUGUACACCCCAAAUAAAUAACUUUUUGAAUCUUAUGGGGUCCCCCCAGCACACUUUGUGAUUAAGUACAGGCAGAAGCAGAGCUGCAGCACUAGGUUUCUGGCAGAGGUGUUGUUGCUGCAGCUUACUGGGAGGUAGUGGAGCAAGGUGACAGAGAGGUCAGUGUGGUGUGGCUCAACUGGCGGGAAUGCCGGAUUGGCUUUGCCAGUGUGGACGCACCACACCAACUUCUGUGAUGCCUCAUACCUUGGCUUUCUCCUCCUGAUAAGUAGCAGCAGCAGCAGCCCAGCUGAUGGGAAUCUAGGGUGCUGCUCUGCCCCACUGGGUAAACCACUUUUCACUAUAGGCUGCGUGUCGUGGUGAGUGUGGCAUCACAUUCUGGCAAGAGUAAUAAACAGCCAACCUUCACCCCAGCUUUCAAGCUGUGGGGUGGUCCAUGAUGAGAGGUUGGGAGGUGGUUUGGCAGCUGGUGAGCCUGGCCAUGGAGACCAAAUUGGCAACCCUUCUGCUGGCCUUUCCUACUCCGGAUCAGAAAGGGUGAAAGCAGAGGGAGGGGGAAAGAGGUGUCUUCAGGCAGUGGCUGUUCCCUGACUUCCCUUUUCCUUUUUAAGUAGAGAGUUGUAUGUAGUUCUCUAAAGGUGCUUGCCAUGCUUUCAAGCCAUUGCUGCAAGCAGUAAGCAAUCUCUGCCCUGAAUGUUUGAUCAGCCAAAAAUUAACUGAUUUGCUUGUUAUUUCAUACAUUUGUGGUAUCACUAUUACAAUAUAACACCACUCCAAAUUCUUAGAAGACUCUAGGGUGGAGAGGGAAUGUUGUGAUAGCUAAAAAUACAUGAUGUUGGUAAUGGGUAAAGCACUUCUCUGUACAAGUGCUUCUUAUACAGGUUGGACCAUUUUACAAGUGGUUUUAGCACACAUCAGUAGAAAUAAGUCCACAAACAAUAUGUUCCAACAAAAUCUUUAUAUCCCACCUGCCUUCAUGUAACUAACUCAUUAGCAGAUUUAGAGAUGAUGAAAAAUAUUUUCUGUCUGGUUGCCUGAAAGGAAUGCUGACUUAGCAUAAGUGACCAAACAAAAAGUCAUUCGUAAGCCUGGUUUUGUAUCAUGUUAUCCGGUUUUCAGCUGAAAAAAUACCAAUAUUUUGUUUUUUAAAUAUUCCUGAGAAAUAAGUAAAUGUGUGGCAUUUAGGAUUUCUGUGCUUUCAUUUUAAAUUGGAUGUAAAAUAAGCCUGAUAUCUUGGGGCCUUAUAAAAAUACAGACUUGAAUAUUGUUCUCAACUAAGACAAGGUAAAGUAGAAUUAAGUGAAUAAAAGAUCUGUAAUCAGCACAGCUGUGCAUGGUGCUGUAGAAAUGGAAGUGUUUUCUUUAGCAAUUAUCCAUUUUAUUUAUCAAAGAAAGCACAGGGGCUUUUCUUUCAGUGGGAUUCCUGCUUGUAGUAAAACGUUAGGCCUUUUAAAACCAUUUAACUGUAAUAGACACCUCUUUCUUCCCAUUUGAAACUUGUUUUACACUGAGAGCCCCUUCAGGCUGGUGUUUUAUCACAGGUUUAUUCUGCAACGUAUCCUUGGCACAACAAUAGUGCAAAAGUGGUGGAUUUAUUUUGCUUAAAUUUGUUCUGUGAUGCUGCCCCAGUGCUGCCUCAUUAUUGUUGUAACAACAAUUGUGCAACAAAACCAGAACGUUUGCGGUAUAAAAAGUAAUAGGGUUUCAGCAGACAGUUACAGGAUAUGCACUGGUUGAAAAUGAAGAAAUGUGGCUGCCCCAAAACCUUUGCAGGUACAAACAGUAUUGAAAGUGGGAUUGCAUGUCACUGCCCUGACAGCACCACUGUAGUUUAUUGCUGUAUAAGAACCUCUCUCUCCCUUAAUAUUUCAUGCUGAUGCACAAAUUGGUAUAGGUAAUAAUCACUAUAAUACCCAACACUAUGCUGAUGUUUUCCUUUACAUGAAGCAUUUUGGCAUUGCUUUAUUUACAGUUCAUUUCCUCUGGGCAGCAGAUUUUUCAUUGACCUUGACUUUGUUUGAAUAAGCAUUACUGUAUCCAGUGUGAUACUCUUUUUCUCCAGUGAAUAAGUUACAUAAGAACUUGCACCUCACUGAAUUCAACUUUAGCAAAGAUUGUCCUGAACAUGGGUUAAAAAAAGAUAUAACAAUUGAUUUGGGGAGAUCCUCUGUAGAGAUUAGGCCAGUUUGUAUUUUUCUUUCUCAGUGAGAUAAUGAGGGAAGAGACAUCUUCUAUACAUGUUACAAGAAUUUUCAACAAUUAAUCUAAAGUUUUCAUUUCUGUGAAAGGAUUAUUGUUAAAUAUUUGGUUUGUUUAAUGUAGUUGGGAUGUUUGGAAUAGUAAAUUAUGAAUGAAAAGUUAAUAUUUCAUUUCCCAGCUUAGGGCACUGAUUUUUUUCAUAAAUUUAAAUUUCCAUCCUAGUCUACUGUUGAGCUGAAUUUUCCAGCAACAACCCCUCCAUGAGUGCAGAAAUAUAAAAUAUUGUACGUUUUUUUGGAGUGUGGAAAAUUUCAUUCAAAGUUGAGCGGCUGUUUAAUUUUUCAUUAAAUAUAUAUUGUUAGAUCACAGGAAGGAAAGAGUACAAGAACCUCAUUAGAAAUUGAAAUGCUACUGUCUAUGCAAUAUAAGGCAAUAACUAAUAGGACAAAACCAGCCUUACUUCCUGAAUUAAAACCAGGAGCUAUUUUUGGUGCAUUUUGACUAUGCUUGAGUAUAUUUGCUGUUUGAGAAAGGUGAAGUAAAGCUUGGCCACUAUGAAACUAAAUGUUGACUGGCUAACUGUUUCAGUGUAGGUGCCGGGAGACCUCAACACAGAGUUGAGGGCAAGUGUGUUCAGACCUCUAAUGAGUUUAUUUUAUGAAGUGGGAAAGUGGACAAGGUUAUAAAGACUGUAAGAUUUUGAUAUUCUGCAUAGGAUGAUCACCUGCAUACCACAAUAUUAACUCAGACAUUUCCUGUUUUCAGCAUAAUCAAAUAAUGUGAAUAAUGGGUGCCUCUAGUUUUAUUAUAUCCCAUUAUGUUAUAUUCUGUCUUAUCAAUAUAAAUCCCGUAACUCAUUACAAGACAGGAAUAUUGUACUAAGGUUGUUUUGGGUUGUUGUUGUUGGGUUUUUUUUUGGGGGGGGGGGGUCAUUCUAGCACUUUUCCUGUAGGAUGAGGAUAAAGCAGCACUGGUGAGUGUUGGCUAUAUAGGUACAGAAUUCAAUCUGAAAACUUGUAGUUAUAAAAGAGUGCUCAGUGACUGAAUAUAUUUUUGCUAUUUUACUUAAGGUCUUCUGUGCAGCCUGCUGCAGUCUAAAAUGCAAACUGCUAUAUAUGGACAGAAAGGAAGCCAGAGUGUGUGUAAUUUGCCAUUCGGUCCUAAUGAAUGGUAAGUAACAGGGUAGGAACCAAAUGUAAGUUCCACUAACAUUGUGCUGUACAGAACCAACCAUGUACAUGAGUAGGAUAAAUAAUGUGGCCUAGUGCAUUUUGUUUCCCUACUGGAAAUUAUUUCAAUAUGGAUAAUUAUUUUCUAAAGUGAUGUCCCAAUCUAAAGCCUAUCUGUACUCAUGAGCUAUUUCAAAACUAACCUGUUUCCACAAUUCCUGAUUAAUAGAAGAAACUAGGCAGGCUCAAUGUUUGUGCAUGGAGUUUGAUUGAUCUGGAUCCCAUCAGAGCUUUAAAUAGUGUCAGAUGACUUGAACUCACUUUUCCAGGUAGAAAUCCGUGCACCUCCUAUACAAGUAGAGGUAGAGGUAGGUGUACGGUUUGUUGCGAUUUAAUCUUCUAUCCCAAAACAGUGUUCCUGGUUGUGGAAACUCCUUUUGAGCACACAAAAACACAGUAAAUCUUGCUUUCAUGACUUAGAAGAUGAGAGAGAAUAAACGCUUGCAAGUGAUUUAUGUAAGGCAGUGAUCUUGACAGUAGCUCCAGACAUUUUGUGCCUCGUACAUUACAUUUUUGGUGCCUGAAAAGAUGCCUGGCCUAAAAAGCUGAGUAUAUAAGCUCAGAAAUGUCACUUCUUUUCUGUCUCAAAAGGAUUCUAAGAAUUAUGUUGUUAAAAUUUGUACUGCGUUUUGACAAUGAGCUACCGCAGUUUAAGUGCAGUGCUAUUUAAAGCAUUAAAUAUUAACAUCUCUCCCUAUAGGCUGAUAGAAAUGUGACAGGAAAUGGUGGGUUUAUUGCAACUAUGAAUUAAAAAGUAGUGACUAAAGUGACAUUGAUUUUUGAGGACAAGAAAUAUUAUUCUCUGAGAAGAGGGGGGAGUUGCAUAGGAAGCUGCAUUAUUUCAAGUCAGACAAGUGGUCUAUCACACACAGUGUCAUCUGAUUGAGUAGCAGCAGCUCUGCAGGCCUUCAGGCAGGUGACAUUCCCAGUCCUUCUUGGAGAUGGCAGUGACCAAACCUGGAACCUUCUGCUUACAGGGCAGAUGCUUUACCACUGAGCUAAGCCCUUCUUAAGGAUGCCCUGAGUGUAUGUCGUGAAACACCCUUGCUUUUGUAACAAAGGUAGCUGACUCCAUUCGGUUAAUGCAUAAUACUUUUGGGUUGUACUUGUGCAAGGUUGGAACCUGAUAUAGGUUCAUUUGUAUCUGAACAUCUUUUGUUAACAAAGUCUAAUAAAAUUAAUUGAGCUGUAAUUUCCCUUCAGAAGCCUUUCCUUUCCAUUACUCAUUAGUGAUGGGAAAGAAAAGUAUUUAUAAGAGGGUCCACAUUGCCUGUAGGUGCAUGUAUUUCUGUGCCUGGAACCAAGCUGCAUCUAUGUUCUAUGAAGUUGCGGUGGUAGGUGAUGCUGCUGUUUUCCUGUUGUUUGUCAGUUAGUUACUUUGGUGUAUUUGGGUACAGUACAACAAGUACUUCAUCGUUCUUUGCUUCAGGAGGCUGAAGUAGUGAUUGUUCAAUUGGUGGCUGACUUGUGGGAAUGUUGAAGUGGAUGGGGUGGAAUAGAGAAGUGUGGUGUUUGUGUUUUGGUGCUCAUCUACUUACAGUCCCAGACAUGUUCCUAUUUUUUUAAAAAAAUCAUUUCCAGACAAUUCAUAAAGAUUGUAAAGGAAAGUUGGAUAGUUGGAUGGGAAUCCCUUUUACAGUGGUUAUAUUUUUUUCAUACCACAGAGGCCCAAGAGGAGAUAAGAUCAGACUCUUGAACAUGCCACCACCUUUUAGGUAUCCUUUGAAGCUCUAGGCUGAGUCGGUAUUUUGUAGUAAAAAUAUUUUUUCCAGUAUUAAUAAUUUCAAUAAUCAUAUUUCUCAGUACACAACAUUUGAUGCUAAAAGUGCCAACUAUUCAGUGGAAUUCGUCUAAUAUUUUGAGAUUCGUCUUUAUUUUUGCUUUUUGACUUUGUUAAAGUUAUAAUCUAGUUCUGUGCUUUCCUGAGCAUGGGGUACUGGGCUAUUGGCAUAAGUGGACAGCUCCACUAUCUCUGCCAAUCAUCCAGAGGGCAUCCAAGGAGCAGCCCUGUCCCAGUAGUGCUGAUGAAAAAAACCAGUAUGGAUGUGAGCAUGAAAUAUUUUAGAAAAGGCAGAGCUGUCUACAUUGCCUCCUUCAGAUUGCUACUUCAUCUUAGGGAGCAGAGGCGGAUGUUUAGACCACACCUGGAUAGGUUCAGGACUUAUAGUUGCAUAAAUAUAUUUUCUGAUGAAGGAAAAGAGUCAUUAAUCUGAUAUAUUGCAAAGCUUAGGAUUGCAGUGGUUGCAUGAUUUUUCUGGUGUACUGAUUGCCUUUUUGUGUGUUUUGUGUUUCCUUAGCACAAGCCUGGGAGAACAUGAUGAGUGCCUCAAGCCAGAGCCCUAAUCCUAACAAUCCUGCUGAGUACUGUUCUACCAUUCCUCCCUUACAGCAAGCACAGGCUUCUGGAGCUCUGAACUCUCCACCACCUACUGUUAUGGUACCUGUGGGAGUCCUAAAGCAUCCAGGUGCAGAAGGUAGGGAUCUUCUUUUCUUCUGCUUAGAUUCCAUCUCCCUACUCCCCCUCUUUAUGAGAGUGGGUGGUCCCUGCCUGUUUGAAGGAGGCAGUGGUGAAACCACUCCUUAAAAAGCCUUCCUUGGAUUCGAAAAACCUAGCUAACUACCAGCCAGUUGCUAAUCUCCUUUUCUUGAGCAAGGUUCUGGAGCAAGUGGUUGCAGACCAGAUCCAGGCACUUUUGGAAUAAAUUGAUUUUCUGAAUCCAUUUCAAUCAAGGUUUAAGCCCAGUUUUGGCACAGAAACUGCUUUGGUCACCCUGUAUGAUGACCUCUGCCAUCAUACAGAGUACUUCUGAAUUCUAAGUGUGUUAUCAAAAUGCUGAUUAGUGUUAAUGCUGAUUAGUAUUAUUUACUUGGGCUGCAAUCCAAAGAAGUGACAUGCACACAUAAGGAAAAACUAUUUGCAGAGUCUGAGCUUCAUUUGUUGUUUCUGCUGUAGCAAUUUUUCCUACCCAAGUGACUUGAAUAAAAGACAUGUAUGUCAGUAGUUUAUGUCAAGUUUCCCUUUGAUACUACUUCAUAUAAUUCCUAAACAGUGGUGCAAAUCUGACCACUCAACCAUCUCUGUUGCACUGUAUACAUUUUACAACCUUACCUGUUUUUACCUAUAAAGAGAUUGUUGGCAUAUAGGGUCUUUCAGAUGACCAGCACCUGUGAUAGUUUGUGUAAAUAACAGUAGAAUCCCAAUUCAAUGGGAUUUACUCAAAGGCAAGUGGGUAUAUGAAACACCCAUGGCUGAUGAGAAGAAGUAUGGUCUGAUAGUUACUCAGCACUCUAAAGCAGUUUAUUUUCAUCAAGUGAAAAUCAAAUGCCUAUAUCUACCUGUGUAAAUGUCAAUGUUUGAGAACUGCUCAAACUGGUUCUUUAUUUGCAUAGGAAAGCCUCCUUAACUCGAUGUAUCUGGUGGACGUAUUUAUUCAGUUUAGAGAUUAACUAUAGGAUCAAGAUGCUUAGAUCUAAAUGAUUGAAUAUUAAUCUGGUUAUCACUAAAGAUAAAAUUACUAUUUACAAUGUUCUUUUUAAAAAAUAUCUUCAACUGCUGAUGAAAAGACAAGCUGCCUUAAAAAACAACCACUAUGGGAACUGUUGAACCAAAAUCAGAUUCUUCUUCUUUUGGUUGUGGCCUUGGAUAUAUUCAAAAUCCCUACCGCUGCUGUUUUUUAGUUUGUGUUUCAGUGUAUUUCUGUAUCUCAGUUAAAGCCAGCUAGCUUCACUUCUCUUUUCAUGCAUGCAUUUCUUUUGAUGAGUUGUUCCCAUCUCUUUCUUAGUGGCUCAGCCCAGAGAACAAAGACGAGUUUGGUUUGCUGAUGGCAUCUUACCCAAUGGGGAAGUUGCUGAUGCAGCCAAAUUGGCAGUGGCUGGAACAACCUCCCCUGGAGCGCUAGCAGUGUCACAUGAUCCAAGCAAACCCAUGAGCAACACUACUUCACCCGUAGAGGUGAGGAAAAGCUCUGAUUUUUGUUGUAAUAUGUUGGACAUGUCUCUUGGUCAGAGGGUACAGGCAGAAGUAGCUUCCCUAGCAAUGUAUUUUUACAUGAGAGCCUAUAGUACAGAUUGUUUUUUGUAUCUUGUAUUUUACAAAAUGAAGAGUAAAAUAUGUCUAGUUAUGCAUUUACAUAGUGUUGUUGUUUACUGCUUCUUGUAGACUGAAAACACACUUGCAUUUUCAAGAAGCAUUACUCAGGUUGGAAGUCCAGUUGGCAGUGCGAUGAAUCUUAUUCCAGAAGAUGGGCUUCCUCCAAUUCUUAUUUCUACUGGGGUGAAAGGAGGUGAGAAUUAAACUGUGUUGUGUCUGUUUUUGGGUUUAAUGAGUAACAUUCCAUCCUAGAACAGUCCAUAUUGAAACCAAAGUCUUCUGGAUCAAGGUCAAAUAGUCUUGACUGUCAGUUGGCUGAAUAUUAACAGGCAAGGUCAGGCUUAAUAAAAUAUCUGUUAUCUCUAACACAAAUGGGGAUUAUGUGUACAUGUAAUCUUUCAGGUGUACUGAAUAGUGAUGGGAGUUCAAAAAGUUGACUUGGAUGCAUGUGAAAUUGGAAGAAGGGAUUGCAUUUCUAGGAAAGUACUAAUUUCUGGGGUAGUCCUUCUCUGAGCUGGGCUAGAGGUUAUCAGCACUAUGGUGUGUGGUCACACCCACAGCAAGUACCUAAUAUCCGAUCUCUUGGCAUACUGCCAAUUUUUCUUGGUCACAUCUUUCAUAUCAAUGUCAUGAAGUUUCUGCAAUUUGAAGCAGUGGAGAAUAAUAUCUAUGUGUAGCUACUUGUUUGCAAUAGAUAAAACUAAAUGAUUGCCUGUGAAAUAAGACUCUUCAUAAAAUACUACCCCAAGUGGCAAGUACUAUUUGUUUAAUUAUUUAAACAACUAAAACUGAUCAGUUGAUAAACUUAAUAAUUAAGAACCAAUGACUAUGGAUAUAUUCCAGAAUUAUGGAUAUAUUCCAAGUUAUUUUUUUUGCAGUAAAUCUUAUAUCUGACAAACACUUCAUUCUGUCAAAAGUCCUGAUGUUCAAAGUUUUUUAAAAAAGGAAAACUAGAAGGGAUUCAUGAAUUUGUGUUUAUGGGAAUGCUUCAAAAUAUAGCCUUUAAAUAUGAUUUCAUUAAUGGAUAUUGUGUUGGGACACAACAACAUAUUGUAAUAUAUUAUGGCACUGUAAACAUAAGCAAAUAAAAGCCACUUCCCAAUAUUCCAUCAUACUCUAGCAUGGGCAUGGAACAGAAGAAAGGCCAGGGCUAUGCAGAUAGAAGAAGGCUUGGUGAACGGUGGCUAGGGUCCGCAGUUAUAGGGAGAAAAUUUAUAUCUUACCCAGUGGUACCCCUGUGUGCAUACCUUUAAUAUCUCCCAUGGCAGUAAAGGAUUCCCAUUUGCUCCUUUCGGGGAAAAUUAAGGACUUUGAUUGAGGAGUGAGAACCUGCAUUCUACCCCUCGUACUUAGUGGCUGAACUUCUAUUGACAGGAUCACACAGGAAUGUAUGUCCACAUGCAAAGCACAUAGUUAUAUUGCACCCCUGGCUUCCUUAGCAUAUAUAAGCUGGUCUUCCCCAUGGAAACCCCACCAAUCCUGUUGAUCAUUUUGAGGGUCAGCCUGCAUAUAUUUGCAAUACAUGACUGAGAUGCCAAAACUGGUUUAUAACGGUUGUGUUUAAUGCCAUAUACAGUGCUUGACAUAGAGGUGUGUUUUGUAGAAGCCCCAGGGUAGAAAUCUUUUUUUUUUGUUCCACUAUCAAAUAAAGAUUUACAAAGGUAUUUGUUAUGGGUCUGUUAAACAAAUGCUAUUUUAUUUUUUAAGAACAGGCAAUAGUAUUCAGUAAUUGAUUUCACAGUAAUACUUUCACUGUUAUCUGAAAAAUGCAUGCUAUCAGUAAUACCUACAACAACAAUAGGUAUUACUGAUAGCAUGCAUUUUUCAGAUGUUACCUAAACCCAAUGAAAUGUUGGGGGGAAAUCUCAUUUUUUAAAAAUCCUCCACCCAUCCAUUUGAAUAAGAUGACAGACCACACAGUACUUAAAUAUGAGAGGUAUGCUAUUGCCAAAUUGCAUAAGACACUUGACAACCAUCAUUUGACAGCUACCUUUUUUGCUUUCAGAUUAUGCUGUAGAAGAAAAACCAUCUCAUAUAUCAGUGAUGCAGCAGUUGGAAGAUGGUGGCCCUGACCCCCUUGUGUUUGUUUUAAAUGCAAAUUUGCUGUCCAUGGUUAAAAUUGUGAACUGUAAGUCCAGUUUAUUUGGAUGAUGAUAAAACAAUCUUGCAAUGAAUCAGUUUUCUUUGCUUUAUAAAACAUUUCCCUGUGAAAAACUUCUUGCAUUGCAGAAAAUCACCUUCAAGUAACAGUAGUGAAUUGUCUUUCUGGUCUGUGUCUUGGAAGUGAUUGUGUGCCCAAAGUCCAGGAUAUUUUUUUCUGAGACCCAAUAUAUGAAUUCACAUAUUUAAAAGAUGUGCUGGUCAUGCUACUGAUGAUUUCUUGAUUUAAUAGCAACAUGAUAUUACAGCGGAACUUCAGUACUCUGAAUGAUGGGGUUUAAAAUCAUACUUCCUAUGAGCGUAACAAGAUGCAGUUCAGAAUAUCCAGGAUUUAAGAUUAUCUAUGGGUGUAAUUCAGCGUAAUUCUAAGAGGGGUACACCUACAGGGAACAAGGUCUACUCAUGCAGUGGGACUUCCCUUGCUCUUCUCUCCCCAUUUGUCCCCUAAACCUGUUCUGAGGGUUCCUCGAAACGCUCCAUAGCUGAUUUUGGAAGUACAGGUGGGAGAGGGGGAGAGAAGUCCUGUUGCACAAGGUACCUCAUUUCACGCAUGCUAGCAGCUUAGAUGAAUGCCUAGUUUAACCUAUAUGGUUAAACCUAUAUGGUUUAACCUAUAUGGUUAAACUAGAGGUGGCUAACCUUAUUUGGUCUAAGGGCUUCAUGUCAGUGGAGGGUGUUGUCAAAAUGAACUUUGGUGUCCCCUAGCUUUGUGCCUCUCCCCGACCAAGCCUGUGCACACACAGGCAGGCACACAGAUGCACACUGGCAGACACAAGCCAUAACCCUGCCAAUUUGAGGGAUUCCUCCCCAUUGCAGUGCUGUGCUGAGAGGAGAGACUUAAAAUGUAAAGACUAGCAAAUGCAGAGGUUGCCAUAUUGGGUUAGAAACACAACCUUAUAGUAACCAAGACUUUUAACCUGCAGGUUGAAUAGCUUGGGAAGGAUUUUAAUUGAGGAAAGUGAUAUUGCAAGAAGGGUCUAACCCUGAAUCACCCAGUACUGUUGUCUAAAAUCUACACACAACCCAUACACAAAAACCAUACAUGGUUUUUAUAUAUAUAAAUGAGAUCCUGAGUCAGAGAGCUCUGUUGUGUUUAGUUUGGCCUUGGCAAAUAAGCAGCAUACAGUAAUGUCUGCAUUAAUUUUGCAUUUACCGUGGUACCUCGUGUUAUGGACAGGAUCCAUUCCGGAGGCACGUCCGUAACGUGAAAUGACUGCAACUUGAAGCGCUGUGUCUGUGCAGGCGCGCGGCACAAUUUGGCGCUUCUGCACAUGUGUGAAACACGAUUUAGCGCUUCUGCGCAGGCGCGAGCAGCGAAACCCGGAAGUAACAUGUUCUGGUACUUCCGCGUUGCCGCGGGACGUAACGCGAAAAGACGCAACAUGAAGCGUACGCAAUACUAGGUAUGACUGUGCUCCAUAUGUUUAUUUUUACAAACCCUCAUUGUGCUUUCUCUUCUACAGAUGUGAACAGGAAGUGCUGGUGCUUCACUACAAAAGGAAUGCAUGCUGUGGGCCAGUCAGAAAUAGUAAUUCUUCUCCAGUGCUUACCUGAUGAGAAGUGUUUGCCGAAGGAUAUUUUCAACCACUUUGUGCAGCUUUAUAGAGAUGCUUUGGCAGGUGAGAGAACUGCCUAUUUGAAAAUUGUGAUGACUUCUGACAGCUAAAUUACUUGAAUUAUUAAGUCAUCACAGUUGUGUAGCUGUGCCUUCUAGAUUCUUUUAUAAAAUAGUCCAUAUUUGUACACUAUUAAAUAAUAUUUAAGUAACCAAAGGGCUCUCUGCCUUUUCUUCAGAUGCUGAUUGAACUUUGAUCCAGCAUACUACAGUUAUUACUAUGUGCAAUUUCACUACAGUGUUGCAUAAUUUAUGACCUCUACAUAAUGUGUAUUUGAAUUCUAUUUUUGGUAUUCUUUGAUAUACUAUCCUUCAAUGCUGUGAAGGAAGCAGGGUUUCGGGGCUUUGUUAUUUUUAAUCAAAAGCCAAAAUUUAAUAUCAGUAAUGCUGACUUUAUGAUUCUUUUUGGGGAGGGGGCAUUUUCUAUUUCUGUAGUUCAGAAAUGUAAGGCAAUCAAAUUAAAUCAUGAGUUACUGUGCUGGAUACAAAAAGGAUUCUUGUUUUGUGAGCAGAUGAUCUUCAUGACUCAUAGCACUCUAAAUCAAUUUCUGCAGUGGUCCAUAAUACACUCUUAGUAUGUGGCUUGCUUAUGUUCUGACAUUGUAAGUAGUUGAGAGAGAGUUGUGGAGAGAUGCAGUACAGUACACUAAAUUAACACUGCUGGGGGGUUAUCAGAAACAGCUUGCUGUAAAGUUAUUUACUAUAAGUGCAAUGAAUAAGACAACUGUGUCUUAACCAUUCUGCUAUAUAUUUUGGAAAGUUGUUCAUUUGUUUGCUACGCUUUGGAACACCUCUUAACACAGCAUUUUAAAAAAUUGCUGGUUCCCGAGAUCAGGGAGCAGGUUUUUCAAAUCAAGAUAGCAGACUGAACCUUUCAAAAUGGUGCUGAUUUUGGGAUUUCUUAAAAUUUCCGAGUAACGCCAGGUAGAAGGCUGCUGGUUUCUUAUAAUGCAAAACAUGCCUGUAAUAAAUAGAGGGUACACUGUGUGUAAUUAUUUCUGAAAAGCUGAGGGGAGUGGGAAAUUUGUAAAGGAUUUCUGCUUUAUAACAGUGGAGAAAUUUUCAGCAGGGCUUAGAGCUUUAAGAGUUGUAUGUGCUUGGGCUGCAUAUCUAGUACCUGCAGGUCAUAGCUUCAUGGCUGAGGAGAAAUUUGUACCUGAGUGUCCUUAAUCUUAGGUCCAACAUUUUCAACAUCACAUAUUAUUAACUUUUAAGCAUUCUCUAUUUCAUUAACAUCCUUUGUUGUUAAAAUGCAACAGUAUAAAGCAUGGUAUUGGUACUAGUUUAAAACCUGUGACAUAUAAUUUCACUAUUGAAACAAAGGUUUUCUCUGUAUAUAAUAGUAAUAAAUAAUCUACCAGGUUAAAUCCAGAGACAAAGUUUUCUCAGGAAGUUGGGAGUGAAUUAAGUGUGCUGCUCAUGGUAUGUAUAUACUCAUCACACCUUCACAUCUGAUAAAAUUGCUUGGCAGGAUUUGGUGUCAUUUCUAAGACCUGCAAAUCCUGUUUGACAAGAGGUCAAACUUUUGGAUAAAAGUAUUUUGUGCUAAUCAUGAGAAGUGCAACAUAUAUUUCAAAGCACUUUCUUAAAAUUACCGUAUAUUCCAUCUCUAACCUAAGACUCAGCAUAUGGCUGCUUCAGAAUGCUCCAAUGUUUGUGGAGUUGCUUUUUUCGGAUCCCUUUUGGGAUCAGGGUUGUUGGGUUUUUUUGUGGCAGGGAAUCUACACUGUAGAGAUUUCAGUUGCAAAUACCUAGAAAUGACAUAAAUAAGUGUGUGCAGAACUUUUCUAAUUAAACUGGAAAAAUAAAGCAUUAUAUACUAUUGAAUAAAAUUCCUUUUGCUUUUAUUUGGUAUAUCUGCUGCAAAUGGGUAAUUUAAGUUAGUAUACCUUAACAUUUCUUUAAAAAGGUUUUCUUCUGUGUAACAAGUAGCACAAGAAGGAGGUGGAUCUCUGUGCAAUUUUAUCUUGCCUUUUUGAUAUAUAGCCAUUAAUAAUAACUAUUUCUCUUGUUUUCAUAGGCAGUGUUGUGGGUAAUUUAGGACAUUCAUUUUUCAGUCAGAGUUUUCUCGGCAGUAAGGAGCAUGGCGGCUUCUUGUAUGUUACACCUGUGUAUCAGUCGCUGCAGGACUUGGUGCUCCCCACUCCACCAUAUUUAUUUGGAAUCCUUAUCCAGAAAUGGGAGACUCCUUGGGCCAAAGUAUUUCCCAUCCGACUGAUGUUGAGACUUGGAGCUGAAUACAGGUGUAAGUCCUAUUACUCUUCAGUGUCCUGUUAGAUCCCAGCCUUGGCUUCAGAGUGUCAUAUAUACAUAUUUUACCGUUUUGUUGCUGGUAAUCACGUUGCCUUGGAUUCAAACUUUUUGCUUUGUGAGCAAAGGGAGUCUUCUGUUCAUGGAGCAAAAGGUUAGGGUCCAAGCUACCAUUGUAAGGACAUUACUAAAUGUGAUUCUGUUGGCCAAAUUAACCUACAUUAAAGUAGUUGCUUGUGCACUUAAUGCACAGUAGGGUAUGUUAUAUGGGAACAGUGUCUGAAGUGGGUUUAAAAUGGCUUUCUGUGUGAUGCAGGGCUCUGUGGCUCCCUAUCAGACAUGGGAGCUUGGAGUAACUGGUGCAGCCAUGGUUUUCAGAGUUGUAUUCAGUGGUUCUUUUGUGUGUGCACCACUUUCAUAAGUAACUGAAACCUAGGCAAACUUGAAAAUUAAAAUGGUUACAAAUACCUAGUACUGAAUAUAAGCUGUUAAGAUCGCCACAACAAUCAUUUGUUUAAGUCAGUUGGGGUUAGUGUUAGAUCACACACAGUGACUUCUUGUGCUCCCAUUUUGGCUCUGUAGUGUACAAAUAAAAACAUGGAAAGUGUUGCUAGAAAGGCAGAGCAUCUUUCCUCGGCACACAUCUGUGCUCCAAGUAGAAAUCUGAAGGCCCAUCCUAUUAUUCUAUUCUUACAAUUGUCCUUGAUCAGACAGGCACCAACAUAGGUGGAAUGAUUCCUUCCUUGUAUGUGACUAUAUGUAGACCACUGGCAAAGAGCCACAAUGAGGGAGAACUCUGGGUUGGAGCAAGACUUGCUGCUUUGCAAAAAAGGACUCAUUCUAUUUGCAGAGGGAAUCAGAAUCCAGUGGGGGUUCUCCACUUGUGAAAGGACCGUGGUUUUUGUUGUGCAAAUGGAACUUCUUCCUGUGCAAGUGGAACUUCUCUGAGCAUGUCUGGAUACAAGCCAUGGUGUUAUUUUGAUCUUCCUACUGUUGAUAUUUUUCUAAAUUUGAUUUUCUAGCUACCAAAUGCAAGGUUUUUGGAGUAAACUUCCCCAUAGAUAUGUUUGACUCUGAGAUCUUUUUUCCUACUUUCUUAGUGUACCCGUGCCCACUUUUCAGUGUCAGAUUUCGUAAGCCAUUGUUUGGAGAGACUGGACACACAAUUAUGAAUCUUCUUGCAGUAAGUGAUGGUUACAAGAUUAUUUUGCAAAUAGAAAAAUGUAUGUGUCCUGUUCACUCACCUAAUUUAUAUGCACUGUUAUUCUGAAAAUAUAAUAAUACGUAGAUUUCUUAAAUCUAGAUAUGAUGGAGUAGAAUUUAUUUAUUUAUUUAUUUAACAAAUUUAUAUACAGUUUUCAAGCAAAAACUUAUUCUCAAAGUGUUUUACAAACUACAUACAAAAACGUAAACAAAAAAUAUAAUUUAAAACUGACUAAAACAUCCAUAUGAUUUCAAAAGAUAAUUUAAAAGACAUCACAAAAACAAGUAUUUCUGAGCAUAACAAAAAUACCAUAGAACACCACAAUACCAAUUUUACAGCUAAGAUUAUAAUUAGUCCCUAAAGACUAUUAGCCCCUAUCCCUAAAAGGAUAAGUCUUUAAAGGAGGUGGGGAUGAGGUUUGCUCUCAAUAUCAUGCAGAAUCUAAUACACAGUUUUAUGCAACAAAUAUCUAUUUUAAAUUGAGAGAACACUAAAGAUCCUUUUUUUUUUUUAACAUCUCUGAACUGGACCAUCAUAUAGCUGUAGGCACACUACUGUUAAAAAAAAACCACCUAAGCAUUUCAUCUGUACCUUUAUACCAAGGAACCGCAGUUUAGUGUCCUGUAAUUUUUUUUGUAUGCUAGAGAAAGAGCACAGCUGCGCUCUAGGACAGAAAGAAUACCUUGGAGUGAUGCUGAUGCCCCAUAGCAUUUAAGGAGCUUAAACAGGCACCUGUUCUAAAUGUGAAGUGUGUUCCAGGAAGGAAUAUAGCAGAAGUGGGUGAGUGGGUGGGAAUGGGAGAUUAUCAGGUGCUCCUUUCCUGUUCUUGUUCACCCAAAGGCAAUUUAUAUUUUCUCACAGCUAAACGUCCCCAGCUUACUCUGAUACACAUUAUGUCUCAUGAAACUCAUUGGUACAAUAUCAGUUCUUUCUACUUAGUGUUGUUUUCAGAGCCCCUACUGAUGGGUUAGGUUGCUCCUGAAACAAAGUGUAUUUUUCAAUAUUUUAAACAAAAUAAUGAGUAAAGAAUACUGCUUAUUGCGAAUGGAUUUAGUAUUUUUAUUGUAAUUUUUCAAAGUUGACCCAUAGUUCUUGCGUUGCUGAAACUCAAAUGCCAGCAGCAAUUGUGAUUUUCAUUGUUCUGUGCACUGACAGGACUUCAGAAAUUACCAGUAUACAUUGCCAGUUGUCCAAGGCUUAGUGGUUGAUAUGGAAGUGAGGAAAACCAGCAUCAAAAUUCCCAGCAACAGAUACAAUGAGGUAUGUAGUGUGAAUAAAUAUAUAACACACAUGUCCUAGAAGCAUCACAGUGAUUCUUCUAUUGAUGAAAUAUUGCAUGAACUAGGAGUUACUUGAUGGGUGAAUAAAACUGGAUCGGUGAGACUGGGUUUCAAAUUCUUGCUCAGCAAGCAACUGAGGGAGCAGCUUUGGUUAAGCCAUGAUAGCUCUUUACCUUGUCUCCCAUCUGAAAAAUGAUCAAUAAUGACAUACCUUAAUAUCUCAUGUUGAUAUGGCAGAUCAGGUGUAAACUGUCUUGCAUGUUCUUCUCCUCCAAAAUAUUGUAUGCCAUAAAUCAUAUAUUUCUUUUGGAGGACUAAAAUUUUAAUUCAGUGAUUGUUAAUUUUUUUUUUUCAAAGAGCCAAGAAACAGCAUUGCAAAUAGUUUAAUUUGGCCCUAUUCCUGGGGUGGGCACUCUACAGCCAUUGGCCUGAUUUUAUGUGAUCGUUGGCAAGCAUCACCUCAGACCCUUGGCAAGAGUGAAGUACCCCCUAUGAAAAGAGACAGAGACAGACAGACAGACAGGCAGAGACUACCUUUGGCUCUGGCCUUGGCCACUGCUGACUUUAGCCCCCCCUUCCCCCAGUUAUCCCUGAAAGGAGUUCUUUGACAGGGGGAAAAAGUUUGCUUCCAUCUGCCCCGUACAGAUGUCAUUUUUCUUCAGGGUUUGCACCUGUGGAGACAGUUCUCACGUUUCCUGGGUGGUGGUGUCAUAUUAUGUGGUAAUGGUGAAUGUUUUGGUUGCAGAUGAUGAAAGCCAUGAACAAGUCCAAUGAGCAUGUUCUAGCCGGUGGGGCAUGCUUUAAUGACAGGGCAGACUCUCAUCUCGUGUGUGUGCAGAAUGAUGAUGGGAACUAUCAGACACAGGCCAUCAGUAUUCAUAAUCAACCGCGGAAGGGUGAGAGUUGCUGACAAUGUAUUCACCCCCCCAUAAACAGUCUGCUGUUUGCAUUGUUUUCUUGUUUGUUGUUUUUUGCUUGUAAGCCCUUUUAAUUUUGUAAGUGCAUGAUGAGCAAAGAGCCCUAGUGCCUGAGGGCAGUUAUGGCCUGAAUGAGAGCCACUAAACUGAGACUGAAUCUUGAUAAAACAAAGGCACUGUUGGUGAUGGUUCACAGGUGAGAAUUGGGUAUACGGCCUAUUCUGAACGAAGCUGCAACCCUUCCCGAAGCAACAGAUUCAUAAGCUGAGGGUGCUUCUAGAAGCUCACGAGGCUUCAAUGGCAAGAGGUGCCUCAGCCCAGCUUCUGCUGGUUCAUCACCAGGGCAGCUCCAUGUAAACAUCCUUGCAAUAAUUCAAUUUAUGAAGCUUGAAAGAUCGUGCCAAAGCUUUUGUUCCAGCUGCUUAAACCAGACGCAGCUGAUACCGAGCCUGGGGGUCCACUGUGGCUGCUUAGAUUCUACUUUGCUCCUGAAGUCCUAAGAAUACCCACAGAUCUCCUUUUUGAAGGAGAGCAAAUAACCAUUUAAGCUUUUUGACUGGCCAGUUGUAUGAAAUACGUUUUCUGGAGGGAAUUCUAUAUAAGACUGUGAGUAAUCUUGAACACUGCAACGGGGUGAGCUCUCGUUGUUCGGUCCCAGCUUCUGCCCACCUAGCAGUUCGAAAGCACGUCAAAGUGCAAGUAGGUAAAUGGGUACCGCUCUGGCGGGAAGGUAAAUGGCGUUUCCGUGCGCUGCUCUGGUUCACCAGAAGCGGCUUAGUCAUGCUGGCCACAUGACCCGGAAGCUGUCUGUGGACAAAUGCCGGCUCCCUCGGCCUAUAGAGCGAGAUGAGCAUACAACCCCAGAGGAGUCCGCAACUGGACCUAAUGGUCAGGGGUACCUUUACCUUUAAUCUUGAACUGGCUGAAAAAUGCUGGAAGUAAAAUCGCCUUUCACCCACAGCUAGUUGGAUUCUGGGCAUUGCACUGAUUCUGCCUCUGGUUGAUUUUUUAAAAAAAGUUCUAUGAAUUGCUCACAUUAUAAAAUAUCAGAGUGGUGCACAGAGAACUUGUAUACUAUUUCUUUGCCAUUAUCUAAUGCUUAAAUUUUAGUAAGUAAAGAGGUUUUCAUGAAGACAGCACACACCUCUUUGAUUCUUCAAGGAAAGUCCCCUUGCAGAAUCUGUUUGGAACUACUCAUUACUCAGGUCCAUGCUGAAGUAGUAAUUUUCCCAGGACGUCAAAUUUUAAAGCUCUAGGAUUACUUUUAGUGAUCAGGUGGAAAAUGUGGGUUUCUUUUUAAUACUUGGACUUACCAAAGUGUUUUACUUGGCUUAGAAAACACUAUUGAAAGGCGCUUUCCUCCAUCAUUCAAUAUUGGUAGUUGCAUACAUUUGUUUUACAUGGGCUUUGUUUGGAUUAUUGGCUGCUUUGUUGCUGAUCUAAUUCUGAAACAUGGCUCUUAUAUACAGUGUCUUAAUUUUAGAAUUACUAACACAUUACCUUGGUUUUUUUUUACAUUUUAAUAUAAUUAUAUUUCUCAUGUUUUUUAUCUUACAUAGUUUUUAACUCUACAUGUAAUAUCUAAUAUAUUUUAUUGUGUUUUAUGUGUUUUCUUUUUAUCUUCUCUACUGGUCAUUGACUUAAACAAACAAUAUGAAUCUUAUUCAUGUCUCCCAUUUGUUGCAGUGACUGGAGCUAGCUUCUUUGUGUUCAGUGGAGCUCUAAAGUCUUCUUCAGGCUAUCUGGCAAAGUCCAGCAUUGUAGAAGGUAAAUUUUGAGUCACCUUUCACCAUGUACACCAGUUUCUUCUUGGUUAAAUGUAGCAGUGCUUUGGUGGUAGUUAGAACUUAACCUUGUUUACAAAACGUAUUGCUAUUUUUAAACUAAGUACUGUGUUCUUAGAAUCUUAGAGCAAGAGACAAGCUUAAAUAAACAAAAAAGAGGAUGUACUUACUCCUGUGCUUAUAGUACCAGGCGGUGGUGGAAAACUGAAUGUGGAUAAUGUGCUCUUUUUUUUAAGGCGUGACAAUUUCUGUCUGUGAAGAUUUUAACACUAGAACAGGAAUAUAGAUGAUAGAUAAGUAGUAGUUACGAAAAAGGCUCAUUAAAAUUAAUUUGUACUCUUGCUGUCAAUACCAAUUAUAUUGUGUAUAUAUAAUUUCUGUAAACUGCUUUUGAUUUUUUUUUAAUGAAAUGGAAAUAUAGAAGUAUUUUAAAACAAAUAAAUAAUGAAAUAAACACCUGAUGUUUCAGUUUAGGCUAAUUUUGUAUAAUGUGCUGCGGAAUGUAGCACACAGAGUACAUCCUGGAAUGUUUUCUUCUGGAGGGUGUGUGUGUUGGAGAUUGGAAUUGUGCUGUCCUAUCCAGGCUUUUGAUUCCAUUUUUAUACCAAGGCCUAACCCAUAUAAUUUUAUGCCUUGAUUUUUGUAGUGUGUGAAUUGUGUGGGCUGCACUGUCUACAUAUAAACCCCUAGGCAAAUAUGAAAUCCAGGGCUCAGGAUUCCACCCACCUCCUGUUAGCAAGUGUAUGUUCAAAAGUUUGGUUUAGGACUUUGAUAUUUGCAGCAUGAAUCCACUGUACAUUUGUUCUCUGGUUAAGAAUACAGCUGUGGGCUGUUGUCCUGAUUGUGUCUUGUCCUACCUAGAUGGAGUCAUGGUCCAGAUAACGGCUGAAAAUAUGGACUCCCUGAGGCAGGCUCUGAGGGAGAUGAAAGACUUCACUAUUGCCUGUGGUAAAGUGGACGCUGAAGAGCCUCAAGAACAUGUGCACAUUCAGUGGGUGGAUGAUGACAAAAACUUCAACAAGGGGUAAAUAUAGGAGUAUUUUCUUGAUAUUAAAUGAGCUUGUGUGGUUUUAUAUGCUUUCUUGGUAAGGAAAAGAUGGCACAUUCAUCUGCCUGUUUGCAUGGAGUGCAUGUUCAUAUUCCAGGAGGUGAUAUUCUUAAGGGGUAUGAACUAGCACCUUCAAAUUAAUUAGCAGAGGGUGUUAGCUGAUCUGACUCCCCAGAGGUGUUUUUUAUUUUAAAAAAGCCUGAUGCUAAGGCCAGAUGUCUCACGAAUUAAUUUAUCAUAUGUAUAUCUUGCUCUACAGCAUCACCUGAACACUUGUUAAUGUUAUAGGAACCAAGCUACCCCUUAAAACUUGCAUGAAAGAUUAAAGUAUGUACUACAUGAGUAUCUUUGGUAUUUGAAAUUUGUGUAUGCGCCAUCUUUUGAGAUGAAUGCACAGGCAUUGUGUCGACACACUGAGGGAAAUCGCAGCAGCUGGUGCUUUCUGUCAGCAUGUGUGUGAGUGUGCAAGGAGGAGACAUAUCCUUUGUUGUCUUAAAAUAAUUGCUGUAAAUAAAUUGAUAAGGUAUGUUGAACCACCGACGUAAGAUAUGUGCACGGGAUGUUAACAGCUCUAACUGCAUUUUAUGCUUCCACAUGUGGUGGCAAUUACUUUUCAGUUGCAGGGGUUAACACACUGUUUGUUGUGUUAACUGUGUUACAGUUACUAUGCUUCCCUAGAAUGUCUUCAUGCUUUUCUGUUUAAUGCAGUAGUAGAAUGUGCUACAUUCCCCUGCUGCAGGGACAUUACUUCAAAGAGGCAUUUACCUCUGAUAUGUAUUCAGGAUGCUGCCGUUGUAGUAGUAUUCCAGAUGACUUCCUGGGGUGUUCUGUGGUUUCACACAGACAAUUAUUUUUGUAGGUUGAUGGGAGCAGCUUCCUGUUUACCUUUACAGUGGCAUUAGCCUUAAUCUUGCUUCAGUAGCUUGAUGAUUACCAAAACGAAAAAGGGAAGAGUUUUGCUACCGUGUGAAAAAGACUUCUGCAUUAAAACAAACACCAAAUGUUUACACUAAAUAGUGGGGAACCUUAGAUCUGGGGGCAGAAUAUAGCCCUCCAGACCCCUUGUAUCAUCCUCCCACCCUACCAUCCCUGCUCCAUGUAUUCCUUGAGUGUUUCUGUCUGGCUGGAAUGUGUCCUUGAAUUGUUAUGACUUUCGUUUGCCUGCAUUGAGAGAUGUUGAGGGGAAAGGGUGUAGAAACCUCUCACAUUUGUGCAGUAAGUUACAUUCCAGUUGCUCAUAAAGGUAAGACUCAUCUCCUGCCCCACCCACCACUGACACGCGUCUCAUGAGAAAAUGCAAUUGUCUGGUUGGAAAAAGUUCUGUGCCCUUGCAGCCAUACAUUGUCCAAAGUGUUGAAAUGUUAGGGUAUUGGUAUGGGGACAAAGACAGAUUUGAACUGUGUUUUUCUUUUUAAAAGGUUUCAUAAGUAUUCAGAUGGUUAUCUAUUUACUGUAUAGAGAUGGGACCUUAGAAGUAAUUUAGUCCAACUCCCUGAUUAAUACAAAAGGGCCAUGGCAGCAUCCCUGCCAGUACACCAUUAAACUCUGCUUCAGUACCAUACACAUGCUUUGCAACUGUACCGAUCACAUUUCUGGCUUUGGCUUUUCUGUGGUACAACUGGAAGCACCGUUAACAUGUGCAAAAUUGAUUUGACCAGAAAUGGUGGUAACAAAAAAGGUGUAUACAGAAGGCUCUCUCAUACUACUUUGUGUGUCUGCACACAGUCCGUUUAACUGCUUGUGGUGUUCUAUUGCAAUUUCCCCAACGUAUAUGAAAUUGUCUUGAUGAAGGGACUUACUUUUCUGCAUAGUCUUCUGAUCUGGGUCUGUAUUCUUAAAUUCUGCUAACAAAAGUUUCUUACUUCCUCCUUUCUAGUGUUGUAAGUCCCAUUGAUGGAAAAUCAAUGGAGUCCAUCACAAGCGUGAAAAUAUUCCAUGGCUCAGAGUAUAAAGCAAAUGGGAAGGUCAUUAGGUGGACAGAGGUGAGGAAGCAAAACUGUUUUUGUAUGUUAAUGCAGAAGUAUUGCUUGCUUUGGGGUGGGGGGAAAGCCAUGUUAGCCCUCACCAAAUACUCUGGUUGAAUACAAAUGUGUUCCUUUUUAUAUAGCCCAGGCUGAGACUCAUUGUGUGGGUUCUACUAUACAGGCCCUUGAAUAUAGCCUUGGCACUUAGCUCUGAAGGAUAUAGUACACUACUGUAUAGAAGGUAUCCUAGAAAAGACUCUUGAUACAUUUAUUGGCAGUCCUUCUACCCUAAUUAUUCUGGCUAUUUCUUUCAUACUGAUGGGAUGAGCAGAAACCUGAGGCUGAGUUUUUAUUUGUUAAAAUGUAACAAACUUCUAGAUCUAAUUAUCAAGGAGAUCUUAAAUACUCCACAGAGAUAAAAUUCACAGUGAUAUAAGGGCAUCUGCCCACCACCAUGUCCUAUUGGAAAAUGCCCAAAUGUUUUCUUCAUUGAUUUGGUGCCCUUCUAGGUCUAACUACUUUCCCUCAAUUGCCAAAAUCCCUGCCAUUAAUUGGAGUAGAAGCUUGCCCUCGUCACAGUGAUCUUGAGUUACAAGAAUAGGACGUUAUGGUACAGAAAUUUAGAGACUGGGAAAAUUGUUUUCUUCAGGUUUUCUUUCUGGAAAAUGAUGACCAACACAAUGGCCUAAGUGACCCUGCUGACCACAGCAGGCUGACUGAGAAUGUGGCCAAGGCUUUCUGCCUGGCCUUGUGCCCUCACCUGAAGCUUUUGAAGGAAGACGGGAUGACCAAGCUGGGUUUACGUGUUACGCUUGAUGCUGAUCAAGUAAGUGAACACAUCUUGUGGGGAAAAUUCUCUCCACAUCUUUGGCGUUGGUAAUUAAAUAAGCUGGAACCUAUUUUGGGGGUGGGGGAGAUAGCUUUUUAACAGAAUUGCUGCGAGCCUAAUGUGAAAACAUGCAGAUUGAGGUUACUGUACUAUUCAUUCCUUGAAAAUGAUUCUUCUUAUUCAGUUGUUAGUUGACACAAGCUCUUCCUGGACCUCACUUCCACUUUUUGAGUUGGAAAGGACCUCUUUUUGCACUUGUUUUUAUCUCUGUUGUAUUUCAGAAAGCUGAAAAAAGCCUCUUUUAAACUUCUGAGGGUGAUUAUUUGAAAAGCUCCAAGUUGAAGCCUAUUGUGGAUUAUGUUUCAUGUAAUCUUGAAGGGUUGCUUCAAGAUCACAGGGUGGGCCUGCUUACCUGCAUUCUUCCAUGGAUAAAUUUUUAUUAGGCGAGAACCUCUUCCGUCAUGCUAAGGGAUUGCUUUAGUCUCUAGUUUCAAAACAAAAUAAUAUUUUCUCUUUACUUACUUUUUAGGUUGGCUACCAGGCUGGGAGCAAUGGGCAGCCACUGCCUGCUCAGUACAUGAAUGACCUGGACAGUGCCUUAGUUCCAGUGAUUCAUGGAGGGGCAUGCCAGCUGAGUGAGGGCCCAGUCAUAAUGGAGCUUAUUUUUUAUAUUCUGGAAAACAUCUCAUAAGGACUUCAUUUUCUGUUCAGACCUGUUCCAGCAGCAGCUGUAUCUGAAUCAUUUGCACUUUAAAACUGGAAAAAUUAAGCUUUUGUUAACACUAUGAGGGGGUGGGUGCGUGAUUGAGAACAGUUGUUCCAUAAUUCUGAAUCUUCUAUGCAUUUGUCAACAAACAGGAUCAGGGCAGCUUCUAUACUACAAAAUGGCUAUGCUAUCUUUGCAGCUAAUACACUUCUGUUACGGAUUAGAAACAAUGGUCAUGUUUUAAGACAAUUGCAGUCAUGUAUUCAAUGCUCAAACGGGUGCAGAGAUCACUGGGGAGUAAAUAAAAGGAAAGGAAAUGUAAACAUUUCUGAUGUUUGUAGGUGAACUUAUUCUGAAGACCUCCAUUCUGACCUCACUAUACUGCUGCUUAUGGUUAAUUUCUCUAGACAUUAAAAUUAUCGUUUACAUUAUCUUGACCAGAUUAUUGGUUGAAGUACCUCCAAGACAUGUCGGAAUAUUCUAUAGAGAUGUACAGAGAAAGAAAGCAGCAUGACUGAGGGUACCUUCUACGUCUGUCCCAAGCAAAGCAGAAUCUCUCUAGAAGCUGUAUGUAAAUUACGCUUGCAGUUUUGUGUGUAUAAAUAGGAUAGUUUAACUUUAUUUUUCUUUAUUUGUGAUAAAACUGUUCCCUAAGCCUGAUGACAUAGCAAAAAUCUGCCCUCGUAAGUUUUCAGACGGCCUGUCACAGGCGUGAGAAUUGUUAGGCUUAAAAAAAAUAAGUUACCAUGGAAAUUUGUUCUUUUUGUAGUUGGCCCUGGAGUUUUUUUUAGGUAACUUUUUAUUUUCCCAUUUGGUGUGCAUUUAUCCCCACCAUUAAGCCUGCACUUAUCUAACACUUUAUAGUAGCAGCACUCUGUAAAGCUAGCCUGUGAAAACUGUAAUAGUUUGGCUGCUGUUGCAUGUUUUGCUUUCACUUCAGGCUGAGAAGUUUGCACUCUGUCUCACCUAAGACGGCACUUAUGAGAAGAACGGCUUGAGCCCUCUCACUGCAACGUACAAAGCCAGCAAUGAGAGUAAGCAAAAGAACACGAGCACGUUCCUAUUAAAUCCGAUUUCCAUCCCUGAGCAACUGAUAGUCCUGUGGAAAGAGCUGUGUCCACAUAAGAGAGAAAGCAGACCUAAGCUUCAACAAGACACAGGCUGCUGUUAUUCAAGGCUGGCCACACACCCCCAUGGGUAAGGAGGACAGAGUUUCUGGCCUUUUAAAGAGCAAUCUAAAACUGGAGCAGCAUGGGCAAAACGGUGAGCAUUCAAGGGUAAGGGGGGGACAGCAGUUGCUCCAAGCCUGUCAAGAAAUUAUUUUUUUAAAGCAAACAUAUAGCAGUGAGAGCUGUAAUAGUUAACUUUCCUCUGUGGGUAGGAAAUCACUAGUUGAGCAAGGUGCUACUGCUUGCCUAAGAUUAGUAAUAACAAAAAAAGCCCUCCUAGUACAACCUAUGUAAACUGCAACUAGAACAUAAGGAAGACAAGGCAUUAGAACUAGACCACAAAUUAAAUGGCUGGAGAAGUUAACCCCACCUGAAUACAAACACUUCUACUGAAUUUAUUAAUGGUGGGCCAUAUGCUAUGAAGACAGUUAAAUUCUUAGCCCAUGCUGAACCUGAAAAGAACUCAGGUGCUCAAUAUUCUGCCCUGGGAGACAGGGUGGGCAUAAAGAGGCUCCUUUGCAGAAGAAGGGCCUUACAUUUCCUGCUCUUUCUUUUCCUUGCAUAUAAAAAGUUGCUUUUAAAUUUUACUUCCUUCUGUGUCAACGUUCAGUUUUACAGACGGAAGCUCAACUCUAUUUAGAUUUUACAUGGCUGCAGUAGAUUCCUACUUCAAGAGAUGGCAUUCCAAUUUUACCACUGAAGUAGCUUUUUCAAUAACUUUGUUUUGCUAUUAAACUUACUGAUAGAUGGAAAAUACUGACUUUUCCUCCCUCCUUUCCCCCCUGCAGAAAAUCAUUUGUUUGGGUUAUGUUUGUGCAAAAUGCUAUUGACUGACUGGUUUGCUUCAACCAUAGCCUUUAAAAUGACCUUAAAAUUUACCAUAUUGUUAAGAAAUGAGUACUUGUUUAAAGAGAAAAAUGUACUUUUAAAAUUCAGUUACACUGCAAAAGACUGCAUAUUAUAUUUUUAUUUUCAACAUGUAGUUUUGUAUAUUAAAUUUAUUAAAAUUAAAAACUGAAUAUUG